GCUCCAGUUGCUGUGAGGGCGGAGGGAGCGCGGGGCUGGCGAGUCAUUGGCGGCGGUGGCGGACGGAGCAGGGGGAGCGAGGCCCCGGCUUGUCCUGAGUGCGAGGCCGAGCAGGACGUGCUGGAGGCCGGGGAGGGGCGGCCCGGGCCCCGCUGGAGGUGUUCGGCUCCCGGGCGGAGAGCGCGGAUAGUCACCGGCCUUCUCCAUGUUUUCUCCCAGCCAGGAGGAGCACUGCGCCCCCAACAAGGAGCCCGUCAAAUACGGAGAGCUGGUGGUCAUGGGGUGAGUCCGGGCAGCGGGGCCGCAGGGAGGGAGACCGACACAGGGGGGGCCCUGCCGGGCCUGAACCACAUAUACUGAGACUGACUGACAGACCGACACAGGGGGGCCCUGACAUGGGGGGCAAUGCUGGGCCUGAACCACAUAUACUGAGACUGACUGACUGACCGAGGGGGGCCCUGCCGGGCCGGAGACUGACUGACUGACCGAGGGGGGCCCUGACAUGGGGGGCAAUGCUGGGCCUGAACCACAUAUACUGAGACUGACUGACGACACGGGGGCCUGCCGGGCCGGAGACUGACUGACUGACUGACCGAGGGGGGCCCUGAGAUACAGACUGAGCCAGAUACACAACACAUACUGCACACAGCCAUUCAGGGGGCACUGACUGAGGGGGGCAAUGCCAGGCCUGAGACCGAGGGGGAGACUGAGCCUGCAGGGGGCACUUCCUGACUGGGGAGACUGGACACAGACUGCACAUACAGGGGCACUGACUGAGGAGGCAAUGCCAGGCCUGAGACUGAGGGGAGACUGAGCCUGCAGGGGGCACUGACUGGGGGAGACUGAGACACAGACUGCACAUACAGGGGCACACUGACUGAGGGGGGCAAUGCCAGGGCCUGAGACUGAGGGGAGACUGAGCCUGCAGGGGGCACUGACUGGGGGACUGAGACACAGACUGCACAUACAGGUGGCACUGACUGAGUGGGGCAAUGCCAGGCCUGGGGCAGACCUGCAGGGGGCAAUUGACUGUGUGUGUGUGGGGGGUGUCUGAGCCUUCUGGGGGCACUGACCACCAUGGGCAUUAAAUACUACCUGAGGGGCCAGUGCUGGGCAUGAGAUACAGACUGAGCCACAUAGACUGCAGGGGGCAUUCACUGAGGGGUGCAAUGCCAGAACUGAGCCACAUAGACAACACAGCCUGCAGGGGGCACUGACUGAGGGUGGGCAAUGCAAGAACUGAGCCACAUACAACACACAGACCGCAGGGGGCACUGACUGAGGGUGGGCAAUGUGGGCCUAAGACACAUAUACUGAGACAGACUGAACCACAUACAACACACAACCUGCAGGGGGGCAUUGACAGCAAUUCAGCUGGGGGCUUAAUACACACCUGGCUUGGAGAAUUUCUUUAAUUCUGCUUUUUUUGGCCUAAAAUUAGUGAUUCAGUUUGAAUUCUGCACAAUUCUCACUCGAGUGAAUAAACUUGCAUGUGGUGGGAAAGGCCUUGGCUGCUGCAGAAACUCUUGUGAAGCUCCACCUAGUAAAGUGUUGAUGGUCCUUGUCAGGGAUGUAUAACCUUUUACACCUCAUCUAUCUGGAUUAUGCUUCCUGUGAUGUUCCGUCAGAUAUCCAGGUAUCUGUAAGGCUUUAUGUCUGUGUCGAAGGUAAAUUGUUACUAUUAAUAAUGAUAUUUACAUAGCACUAAUAGUGAGCUGUGCAAUCGAGAUGUAAAAGCAAUGAAUAAAUGACAAGUUAUGGUGACCAAGAUACAAUGGGAGAACCCAAACAAAUCGUAUUGGUGGGCCACCAUUUUGCCAUAGUGGCCUAGCCCUAGACCCACUCAUUUCUACUGAUUACAGGAUAAACCAGCCGUUUGCUAAGCUGUCAUUUUAACUCCCCGAGAACCACAAUGGACUGGCAUUAAAAUCCUUUCUGGCUAUCAAUGAUUUUAUUUAAGACAACAAUGAUGCUAUACUACAGCAGCAUGCGUCCGUGACGUGACAGCAAGGUGACGAUAAAGAACAGUGUGUUCAGGUUGAUGUAGGUCUUGUAGAGGCCCCAAUAUUACUGUCGCUGACAACCAAGAGAGCUAUGUCGAUCUCUCUGCUCUCCUAUUGUGGGAUUGUCUAAUCCCAAUUCAUUUUGAAAGUCAACACUUCCUGUCUGCAAACUGAAAAUCACAAACAUCUGGAUAUAUUUUCUGACUGUAUUGUGUGUGUGGUGUAUACACACGCAACACACACACACUCUACAGUCAGAAAAUAUACAUAUGUAUGGAUAGCUCUCUGUAUCUUGAGAAUGCCCACGGAGGGGCCUGAACAUUGUAACAAUUGCGUUAAAUAGCUAGUUAAAAGAAUGAUUUCUGUUUGGAUAAAAGUCGUGAGAGUGCUCCUAUUUAUUUUUUAAUAUGCAUUGAGCGUUGGAAGCCGCAAGGCAUUUGGAUGUAAGAGAGUGUACUGGUAAUUGAUGUUUAGUUUAUGUAUUUGUUGUUGUUUUUGUUUUAUCAUUUGAAUCCUUAAUUGGGGUCUAUAAAGAUGCAUUUUACUUUCAUUUUUCUGUCCUCAAAUGCCAGUUCAAGUGAUGGAGAUAGUCUUACAGCAGCGUGAAAAGACUCUGUGGACAUAUUAUUAUUUAUACUAAAUGUAUACGUUCAGGGCUCACAAUUUCCACUUCCCACUGGCAAGAAGACUCUCUAGGCUUGCAUUGGCACUGGCUAGUGGCAAAGGACGGGAAAGUUUAAGCUCUGUAUGUUAGUAUUUCAAUCGUUUAAUGUGUAUAUAAAUGUCUUUGUGUGUGUGUGUGUGUAUAUAUAUUUAUUCGUCUCAUACCUGACCUGGCACAGUCUAAACACGUGAUGCAAAUAUUGCUCCCAUGAUGCAAUGCACAUAUGGCAUUACGGAAGGAAUGUCUGAGCAUGCUUGUGCUUGUAUGGCACUUCCUAACCAAAUGCCAGAACAAGUGAUGGAGAUGGGAGCUGCAUAGGUAAGGCUGUUUUCAUCACCCCACUAAGUUCUUCCAUAGUAUAGUAAGAGAGAACGGCCAGAAAGUGAAAUAUAUAUAUUUGGAAAUUAGUGGUUUUGUUUAGGUCUUUGCUGUGUUUGUAGCGUUUGCCAAAAAAUCCCAAAAACAUUGGGUUCAAAGUUAUCUUGUUUUUUGGUCCAAUAGAAAAUGUGCAUAUGAGAUUUGAUACAGAACAAAAUGUAGCACAUUAUUCAAAAUUAAAGGAUUUGGUCAGCCUAGUUUUGAGAUGGUGGACCUCAAGUUUAGUUGCCUUUUUGUGGUAUCCCUGAUUCUUAUUUUGAAAUGUUUUUUUAAAAUGUAUUCUCAGUAUAGUUUUUUUUUAAAUUUAUUUUUGGUGUAUAUUAGGUGGGGUCAGUUAUUUAAUAAUUUGGAAUUUUAAUGCACUUUUUUUGGUACAUUACAUUAAAUGGUGAUAGUAACACCUGCCUAAAUAGUUUACUGUAAUUGUGAUGUAGAUACAUGUAUUCCCCAUGCACAGUUGUAAGUCACAAAUGUUAUUCUUCAGCAGUUGAAGAUUUUAGAAGUUGGGCAUAUUUUGUAAUGCAGAGUCAUGUGUCAUAGAAAGAAUUAUGCAUGAUGUGGUGCAAACAAUAUGUAAAUUCUGUCAAUGGAACAGCUUUAACUGAAGUUUUGUAAAACAGUACUGACUUUAGAAGAGUUGAUUUGACAAACUUUACAGUGAUGUAUGUUGGAAUGCUAAAUGUAUGUUUGUUUUAUUGUUUAUUUGUAAAUACUGCAUUUAUGUUGGUGUAUUAGAAAGUUAUGCUCUUUUUAUGAUUGUUUAUUUGUAAAUACAAAAUGCUCCCACAGGCAUUGUGUCAACUUUAGAAAAUAUUAAUCUUUUGUUCAUGUGUUCUAUCAGUAGAUCACAAGACUGCUUUGUACAUGUUAUUGGUGCAGAACCAGAACAAAUAAAGGCUUUUCCCGCUGUGGAAAAUGUUUUUUCUGUAUUGCUGUCCUGUACUUUAUCAUUAAGUUUUUAAAUCACAUGUUAGGCUUCUGUACACAAUUGUAUUUAUUUCUGCUUUGGUUGCAUCUAUGCAUUUGGUUUGCAAUGCUUGUUACAGCAUGCUGUGAAUUGUUACCCCUUGGCUGCCAAGUAGACGUCAGUGCACAACAGGCAGUAAAGCUUUCAUGUCCUAAUGUAAGUUAUCAUCCCUAAAAUAUUUUUGUAACAAAAUUUGGCACAGAGGUGAUACAGUUUGACACUUCUGGUAUAUAGAGGCUUAUUUACUUAACAUUGAAUACAGGAUUGCAAACGUUAAGACAAACUAGCUGUACAGGGUUUAUUCACUAAGAGGAGAAUUGUCAAGAGUUCAGAAUUCAGAGUGAAUUUCAAUUUAUAAUCAAAAUAGCUGGAAGAUUUCACAUUUAAAAUCUGAGAAUUCCCACUUUAGUGAUUAUUGAAGAAGUUCCAUAGUGUUCUAUGCAUAUGAUUUCUGUUAACGGUCUGUGCUUGAGCCCAGUCCCAGAAUUCCCAGCUGAAGAGGAUACAUUUCAAAUAAAGUUGUUUCAGUGUCUGGACGCAGGGGGUGGGAAUUUAACACUAAUCUCUUGUUGACACUGUAAAGGAUAACCUGCAUUUAAGAACCAGAUAAGCCUGAUGCUAUGUCUUUCUGUCCAGGCAAGAAGCUGCUUCCACACAUUAGCAGAUUUUUAGUUGUUUACAUUUUGUUGUGAAGCCUGCAGAAGGAUAUCCUCUUGCUGCCUCUGGCAUAUAUGACUGAUUUUUGCUUUUUUUUAUGUUUCCUUGCACCCUCACUCCCUCACCAGACCUGUAGUCCUCAUGUAGCCUUCAUUGUGAUUUUAUUUUUAUUUUUUUUGGUUUUUUUUUUUUUCCUGUGUAUUCCUUAACUUUAAUAGACUUUAUAUGGUUCUCGUUCGUUACUCUGUGAUUUUUAAAGUACCCACAAAGAUAUUACAUUUCACCUAUAUGUUGUCCUAGCAGAAUCCUUAGUGAAUGUAUAAACUGGCUGAAAAAACGAUUUAAAAUCCAUCCCACUGGUGUGGGAAAAACCUAUUUAAAAUCCAUCCCACCGGUUUGUCAACAAAUUCUUUGGCAAUGAAGCCACUGUGUCGGUGUCACAGAGGACGAUUGCUCUGUUUGGGAAAGUGUCCACAAGCAGGACAAAUAAAUUUUAGAGCCGGCUGGCACUGGAACAAAAGUAAUAUAUCUACAAAGCCUACAGUGAAUGUAUCAUUGAUCUCUAUAAAUUAUCUAAUGGGGGGUCGAAACAAAUAAGCCUGUCAUUACAAAUUACCUGCCUGGAUCAACUAGAGAUUUCUCACACUGAAAUUAAACCGUUAUCUGUUUGUUUGGUAACUUGAUGAACCAACUUCAUCUUAAUGAAUCCAUUAGAGCUGAGACGGGACUUGAUUACUAUUUUAAUAACAUACAUAACAAUGCUUAAUAUAAAAACAAACAUAAAAGAAAUAUUCAAAGUAAAACAAUACUGGGUAUACAUUUCCAGUUAGGGUAUUGUUAAUCCUCUGAAAUUAAGCUCUGAUUUCUUUCCAGUUUAAUAUAGACUAUUAUUACUUUGUCUCUCUGCACUCCCUGAUCCGGUCACAGGGCAGUGACGCUCACUGCUUCCAGGUUUUAGGAUUCCUUAUCAAUCAUUUCGUUCCUAAAAAUAUACAAAACACUGUAGAGCAAACGAAUGUCCAAUGCCACAAGGGUUUUAUAAUGUCAUUCAUCAUGAUCUGUCACAUGUAUAAGUACCAAAUAAAAGUAAGUCAGUCAUUUCUGUUGGUUGCUUGACUCCAUCUUAUGUUGCAAUGUAGUCCUGGCAUGUGUGUUUGUUCAUUUGGUAGGAAGUAAACCCCAGCCAGAUAUAUAUUUAUAGGAUGAGAUCAGACACCAUUGGCCAGAAUGAAGGAUCCUGGUUUGUGAGUUCACUCCUGGUCAUGGGAGAAUCUGCCUGCUACUGAUUAUUACAGGGUUAUUAACUAAAGUGAGAAUUCCUACAGAGUUAUGAACUAAAAUGUGAAUUCAACAUACCGGUAAAUAUCAAAUUUAAGACGAAGAAAAAAGCUGAACUGGAAAAAUUAUUCUGGUUAACUAUGCUUCCAGUUUGGCUACUUUGGCCUUAACUUUGAAAUUAACUCUGAAUUCUCAAUUUAGUAAAUAACCUUGUUUACGUUCAUUAGGUAAAAUGCAGUUUUUGUAAAAUCCAUAAUGAUAUUAAAUUGGAGGUGAUCGCAUGGGAAUUUAAUGAUGUUGCCCAAGCCGUAAGUUCGAUGACACAAGGCAAGCAUGGACACAAUACAGAUCUGAAAAGCUAAAAAUAUAAAUAAAAUAAAUGUCAUGUUACAUUUACCACACAAACUUCUACAUUUAACUUUUCUAUAACCAAUGAUUUAAUGACAGUUUAUCUAAAGCAGGUGGGUGGACCAGAGUAGAGUUACGUGUUUUCCUAUAUGCGUAAUUGCCUGUACCAUAUUUUAUAUAUCGUGUUUUAAUAUGCCGUAUCAGAGGACCUUGUGCACUGUAUUUUUCUUUAUUUUAGAUAUAUACACUUUGUGAUUAGUACAGGCUGUCCUCACUUAACGACCUAAUUGUUUUAUGAUGGCUCACACUUAUGACCAGCUCUCUAGCGUGGGGAUUUAAGGGAUUCCCCACGUUCGAGAGCUGGUUUAGUUCAGGGAAUUUUCCCUGAACACAGAUUAGAGGGAUUACCAGCUCUGCCGCGCUUAUCUAUGUUGGGGGAAAUUUCCCUGAACAUAGACCUGCACUGACGCACAUGCUCCAUAGCGCAUUCUCACUUACCAAACAAUUUGUUUUACGACCAAGUCGUAAGAACAGAACUCGGUCUGUAAGUGAGGAGUGCCUGUACUCCAGAACAGUUUUUUUUUUUUUUUUUGGUGUGUGUGUGUGUUUGUUUUUACAGUGGUUUUAUGAUAUAUCUAUAUGUAUUGGUAAUGUACUACAAAAUUUUACCCACACCAAUUGUACUAUUUUGCAACAAUUGUACAAAAUAUCCUAUCUUGUACUAUUGUACUACUGCCUAUAGAUUCAAGAAAAUAAGGAAUGGAAAAAAAAAUAGGGAGUGAUUUUACCCGGUUUCUAUUUAAAGGGACACUUUACUGCCCAAAUAGAAAAUAAAUACAAUUCAGUGUUUAGUAGAUUUACCCCAAAUGAAAACAUGCGUGUAUUAUGAAUUUUUAAAUUGGAGUUUUAUAUAAAAACAUUGCAAAAUCUGCAGAUCUUUUGUCUGCAACUUUUACAAUCCCUUUCCUUCUAACCUGGCCCAGACGUUCUGUGGCUAUCCAAUCACAAACAUCCUAAUUGUAGCUCAAUGAGAAGUCUUUGCAAGGCACAUGCUCUGGGCAACUGCUGCCUCAUGAGUUUAGCUUCACUGAGCUAAAAAACAGGAUGUAACCAUACCAAUUGUCUGACAGCCAGAGGGGUGUAACAAGGUUAAUUUAUAAAAGUGGCAUUUCAGUUGAAAUUUGUACAUUUUGUAAACUUAAAAGGGGGACCCAUUCUUAAAACACAAAGCUUUUCAGCAAUCUAAAGUCCUUUAGGGGUCUGGUCUGUCCUUUUGGGUCAAUUAAGCCUGGGAAAUUGAAUAUGACUUCUUACUUUUUGUCCCUUGUUAAAGGACCACUAUAGUGCCCUGAAGGUGCCCCCACCCUCAGGGUCCCCCUCCCGCCCGGCUCUGGAAAGGGGAAAAGCGGAAAAACUUACCUUUUUCCAGCGCUGGGCGGGAAGCUAUCCUCCCCGUUGGUUGAAUGCGCACGUGCGGCAAGAGCUGCGCGCGCAUUCAGCUGGUCGCAUAGGAAAGCAUUAUCAAUGCUUUCCUAUGGACGCUUGCGUGCUCACUGUGAUUUUUUUUUCAGUGAGAAUCACGCUUAGCGCCUCUAGCGGCUGUCAAUUAGACAGCCACUAGAGGCUUUGGGGGAAGGAUUAACCCAUUUAUAAACAUAGUUUAUCUGAAACUGCUAUGUUUAUAAAAAAAAAAAAAAAAAAUGGGUUAACCCUAGCUGGACCUGGCACCCAGACGACUUCAUUAAGCUGAAGUGGUCUGGGUGCCUAGAGUGGUCCUUUUAACCCUUGUCUUAAUGCUUUAGCAGUGUAAGUGAUACAAUGAGAUUAUGAAUGACUAAAACAUUUUGGGUUGUGUUGAAUACUGUGUGUUUCAGUCUUUUUGCCGAACUUGACAGAUUCUAAAAAUAAGCAAGACUUCGUGAAUUGGAAACGAUGAAAGGGAGAUAAUUGACUUUUACAUUAAUCUUUCAGGCAGCGUGUUUUUUUUGUUUUUGUUUUUUCUUAUUCUCUCCCUGCCAACGCUUAUUAGUUAAGGGGACAAAAUGUAUUUUUCUCUCCUGGCAUUCUUAGCAACAUACACACUUUAUAACAACUUUACACAAUCCCCCAGAAAUAUGGAAGUUGUGUCUAAAAAUAUUUGUUUGCCUUUUUAUGUUUUCUUUUUUUAUACAUGGAUAUGCCAGGCACCAAAACAACUUCACCCCCUGUUUAGUGAAUGGGGAGUCACUGAUUGCCUGAGAGUGUCAGCUGAACACUCUCAGCCAUACAGAGGUGACUGGAUCCCGCCAGGGGAGGAGUGGACAUUGCUGCUGGUGGCAACUUUAGGGUUAAAACAUUUGAUAACGGUUCAUCCUCUUGAGGUAAGAGAGCCUCCAGAGGCCUCCUGGCACCAUAACAACUUAAUUUAAAUGAAGUUGUUUUGACGCUUGGAAUGUCCCUUUAAAAGGUUACUUCAACCAACCAACAGGCAAUGUUUUAAAGGGACAUUAUAGUCACCAGAACAACUGAGAAAAUGCAGUGUUUACAUUACAGCCUAGUGAUAACUUCACUGGCUACUCCUUAGAUAGCUGAUAGAGAUCCUUCCUGGAUCACGGCUGCCUAAAAUGCAUCAAUAUAUUCAGUAUCUCCUCCCUCUGCAUGCAGACACUGAACUUUCCUCAUAGAGAUUCAUUGAUUCAAUUCAUCUCUAUGAGGAGAUGCUGAUUGGCAUGGGCUGUGUUUGAAUUGAGCUGUCUCUGCCUCCUUGUCAGUCUCAGCCAAUCCUGUGGAUCAGGCUACCAUUUCUGAUGUCAGCAGGCAGCUUGCUGUUCUGAGGCAAACCGCAUGCAGAGCUACAACUUCAGGCUUGAAUACAAGUAAGAUUUUACUAUAUUUAGGGAGGCAUGAGGAGGUCAGGGGGGCUAGAUGGUGGUUUUAAUACUAUAGGUUCAGUAAUACAUGUUUGUGUUCCUGACCCUAUAGUGUUCCUUUAAUAAUAAAACCCUGUUUUUUGGUAGAGUAAUACUUCUUUCACAUCCUGGUAUUCUGUUAAAAUAUAGAUACUAUUUCAAGGGACAACUUUCAUUUAAUGAACAGUAUAGAUUAUGUCCUGCAGUCUCACGAUUCAUUACUCUGCCAUUUAUGAGUUAGAUAACUUGGUUUAUACAGGCCUUGUCACUCCCACCUACAUUCUGCCUAAACAUGUAUUGUAAAGAGAGAUCUAAUGAUUAAACUUUCUUUAUUGCACAGUCUGUUUAAUUUAGAAUUCCUUAUCGCCUGCUCUGUUAGUAGUAGGGAUCGACCGAUUAUCGGUCUGGCCGAUAUUCUGUAUUUUCAGCAAUAUUGGUAUCGGCCAAUAAAGAUACCGAUAUUGCCGAUAAGGCAGACCAGGGCCACCAUCAGGGUUCUGGGGGGCCCAGCACACUCUUACUUACCUCCCCUUUAGCUCUCCUGUCUAACUCUCGCGAGUCCCGCGGCUGUUAGAGUGCUGCCACUGGUUACCAUGGCAAUGCUCCGCAGGCCGUGAGAGUUAGACAGGGGAGCUGCUGGGAGGGUAAGUAAGAGUGUGCUGCGGCCCCCAGGAAAUGCCCUCUUCCCCCUCCCUGGCCAGGUAAGAAGUAAGAACAAAAUGUAAAAAAAUGUAAUAUUUUAAAAAUAUAUAUGUAUAUAUAUUUUACACACAUUACAUACCUGCACAAACACUCUGCAUUCACUAUACACACACUACACAAACACACACUCUGCAUUUAUUAUAUACACACACUGCACACCCACUGUAUUCACUAUACACACACACACUGCACAAACACUCUGCAUUUAUUAUAUACAUACUAGACACACUAGACACACUACACACAUGCUGCAUUCACUAGACACACUACACACACGCUGCAUUCACUAGACACACUACACACACGCUGCAUUCACUAUAUACACCUUACACACACUCUGCAUUCAUUAUAUUCACACUAAAACACUCUGCUUUCAUUAUAUACACACACUACACACACACUCUCUGCAUUCACUAUACACUCCCUACACAAACACACACCCUGCAUUCAUUAUAUAUAUAUAUAUAUAUAUAUAUAUAUAUAUAUAUAUAUAUAUAUAUAUAUAUAUAUAUAUAUAUAUAUAUAUAUAUACACACACACACACACACCAAGUUAUUGGCCUGAAAGUUCACAGAUUAGCGGUAUCUGCUCUAAAAAAAUAAAUAAAAUUAAAUAUUGGUCGAUCCCUAGUAGUUAGUAGCCUUCUAGACCCUGUAGAAGCCUCCUGUGUGUGAAUAAAGUUCAAUUUACAGAGCAGGAGCUAAAACCUUUUAAACUAAACACACUACGCUGUCACAUUUGAUUGAAAAUGAAAGCAUUUUUUCAUGCAGGCUGUGAGAGUUACAGCCAGGGGAGGUGUGGCUUGGGCUGAACCGAAGCAAUCGUAUUUUAACUUCUGAAUGGCAGUUAAUUGAUCAGUCUUGCUCUGUACACUAAAACUGCUCAUUUAAGCUAAAGUUGUUUUGGUGCUUAGAACAUAUCUUUAAAGAGGUUAAAAUGAAACGUGUAACUCUCUAAACAUAUGUUUUAACCUCUAAAUGACCACGUGGCAAUUUAAAAAGUCAGUGCUGGGCUUUAAUGCCUGUUGACAGGAUAAGCUGUCAUGCAUUCAAAGUAAUAACAGAGUUUAAUCUCUGCUGGUACCAAGGAAUCCCAGAUAUCAUUGGAUACCCGAGGGUCCUACCUGUUAGCUGGGGUCACAAUUAAUGGCCCCAGACUGACAGAUUAUUAUGUUAUUUAUAUAGUGCCAACAAAUUCCCACAGCGCUUUACAGUGGGUGGACGAACAAACACGUAAUUGUAACCAGACAAGUUGAACACACAGGAACAGAGGGGUUGAGGGACUUGCUCAAUGAGCAGACAUACUAGAGGGAGUGGGGUAAAAUGACACAAAAGGUAGGAUAGUAUUAGACUAAUGACAGUUGCAAGAUGAGGUAUGUGUUUUGAGCGCUGCACAUGGCCCUUUAAAUCGCACACAGCUGCGUUGAUUCAGAGUUUGUACCCAUGAUGAGACAGACAUCCAUGGUCACAAAUGACCAUGAGGUCUACCUGCAUGUUUUUCUGCAUUGCCAGCUGUCCAGCACCUAUCAAUGCAGAGCACUCUGUAGUGCUAGCUGAUAAAUCCCUCUGCUGAUGUCAGUACUAAUACCAGUAGAGGGAAUCCCUGUGGAGUAUGAUUAGGUCAAUAGGUAUACAUGUGUAGCAGGGGUAGGCAACCUUCCAGGUGUUUUGGACUACAUCUCCCAUAAUGCUCUUAUAGACAUAAUUCUGGCAAAGCAUCAAGGGAGAUGUAGUUUACAACAUCUGAGGUGCCGAAGGUUGCCUACCCCUGAUGUGGGGUAUAAUUUUACUCUAACUGUAGCAAAAAACAAAUGUAGUGGUACAUGCAUAGUCUGUGAAUGACCCCCAAAAUAACACGUGUGAAACACCACAAAUAAAUAUUUUGACUGAGGCUCAUGAUAAAAAAGAUUAAAUUAAAUAUGCUCUAAGUUUCAUAGCCUGAGGGAUGUGCUUUGUACAAAUAUCUACUUUUCUGUGACUUAUAUAAACAUUCAUUUUAGCUUUAAACGCUUUGCAGUAUUUGUUUUUUAUAGCUUUUAAAAAUUAAUUAAAAUCCUGGACAUAUUGGUCAUUUUAGUAAUCAGGACUAAUUGGUAAGUCUAUUUUUUUGAGUUGUUUUUCUUUAGUUGCACUUUUUGUGUAGAAAUUAAAUGUAAAACUGAGCUUUUAUUUUUAAAUAUUUGAUUUAUAUUUAAAGUGAUACUGUGUGUAUGUGUGUGUGUGUGUGUGUAUGUAUGUGUGUGUAUGUGUGUGUGUGUGUGUGUAUGUAUGUGUGUGUAUGUAUGUGUGUGUGUGUGUGUGUAUGUGUGUAUGUAUGUAUGUGUAUAUGUAUGUGUGUAUAUAUAUAUAUAUAUAUAUAUAUAUAUAUAUAUAUAUAUAAUAAAAAAAAUAUGUAAAUGGGUUAAAACUUGGGUAAAUGGGUUAAAUGACUUUCACAGUGAGAAGCACGCAAGCGCCUCUAGCGGCUGUCAAGAGACAGCCACUAGAGGCUGGAUUAACCCAUUUAUAAACCUAGCAGUUUCUAUGAAACUGCUAUGUUUAUUAUAAAAAGGGUUAACCCUAGCUGGACCUGGCACCCAGACCACUUCAUUAAGCUGAAGUUGUCUGGGUGCCUAUAGUGGUCCUUUAAUGUAUUUAUAGAGAAAAGGCAGUGUUUACAUUGCCACCUAGGGACACCUCCACUUGCCACUCCUCAGAUGGCAACUAGAGGUGCUUCCUGUGACAUUGCUGCACAGUGUCUCCACGCUCUGCGUGGAGAUGCUGAACUUUCUUUAUAGAGAUGCACUGAUUCAGUGCAUCUCUAGAGGAGGUGCUGAUUGGCCAAGUCGGUGUUUGGCCCAUCCCCUGCCCCUUUGCUGAUUUCAGCGAAUUCAGUGCUUUCCCUGUGGGAAAGCAUUGGAUUGGCCAAAAUAAUUUAAUUGUGAUGACGUCAACAAGGAGGCGGAUCAGGGGCAUGGCCAACACUGGCAGACCUGCUUCGUGCUGGAAAUAAGGUAUCUUUUCCUACAUUUUAUAGGGGUUAAUGGUUGGCAAGCCACUUAAAUAGUGGUUUUAACACUAUAGGGUCAGGAAUACAUGUUUGUGUUCCUGACUCUUUAGUGUUCCUUUAAUGUGGCUGUUUUGGUGUCUAUAUCCUGUCCCUGCAGACAUUUAGAUGUAAACACUGCCUUUUCAGAUAAAUGUGUUCUAAACACUAUAGGGUCAGGAAUACAUACACUAUUUAAUAUUAAGUUAUGUAUACAUAUAGGCUAUUAAACGGAAUACUUAUUUAUCCUUUAAAAAAUGAUAUAUCAUAAGUAUGGGUGAAAUUGUGGUAGAGUGAAUGCAUGACAAAAGCUCCAAAAAGGUGCGUUGCAUCUUAAAAGAGCUGUGGUCCAUAUGAGGUUAAACACUUUUUUUAUCUAGUUUUGUUUGUUGAAUUCUUUCUUGCUGUUUGUUCCAUGGUAAAAUAAACUCAAUCGAGCCACAUUUUUCUUGGACAUCUUCCUCUGGAGCGAUGUAUUUUUUCAAAACACAUGUUUGCAGUAAAUAUGCAGCCCUUGGUUAAAGCUGCAGCAGAAACCUUGAUCGGACCUGUCACUUUUUUAGUGACCAUGCUUUCGUAAUGCGGUAACUGUAUAUAUUUCCUGUAAUUUUAUCUUUUGCUUCAGGCUCUUUUUGAGUUCUUUCUCCUUCUGUCAGACAUUUUCAUCAGAACCAUUUCCCCUCCUCUCCCUCUCCCCUCCCGUGUUAUAAAAAUAAAAAAAUUAAACUUUUUUGACUUUCCUUCCGCCAACGCCAAGGUUCCAUCACCGCUGCAUCCCGCAACAACAUGGAGGAAGCAUGUUUUUCUAAGUGUAAAAAAUUACCAUUUUUUAAAAGAUGGUUAGUUUCUCUUAGCAGAGAUAGAAAAUGUAGUUGCAUUAAUUCAUUAGUGUUAGCUGUAAAAAAAAAAAAAAAAAAUUACCAUGUUUUACGUGAUCGUUGCAGUGGAAGAGCCUCAAGUGGCUAUCGGUGUAACAGCCACUGAAGAUUUGUUUAAUCAUUCAAGGUAAACAUUUCCCUUUCUGAAAGACACUCAUGUUGUCUUGAAUGGUUAAAUUGACAGGACACCUGCACCCAAACCACUGCAUUGAGAUGACAUGAAUGUAAUCACAAUAAUAUCUGGUGGCAGGAAGACUGCCACUAGAAGGGGGUUAACCCUGCAAUGAAAACAUCGACAUAUCUACUAAUCUACAUCACUGGAUAAAACAGACAGGACCACUGUACACAGACCACUCUAUUUUGUUUAUUUAUAUUUUUUUGUUGUAGUAUACGAAAAGUGAUACGCACAGGUAAAAGCAUGGUACGCUACAUUUUAAGCGAAAGGAAAUCAAAGACAUUGUCACAGUGUUCGUAAAAGGCAACAAAGGCUGAAAGGUUGUCUUCUGGCUGAACUUUGGCUAAAGCUGCUUGCACUGUAGUAAUGUAAGCUAGGUAUUCAUAUUUAACUAUAAUUGUUUCAUAAAGGGGGUAUGAAUAUCCAGGGAGACUACAGCUGGGGAAGUCUUCUAAAUAGGAGCAGCCUUGGCUAAAACAUGAGUGGUACACAUCUGAUUCAUAGCAACAUAGAUAAAGUCAGUCAUGGAACAUAAACGGUAAAAUGUGCAUGGAAAAAGUAGAAUUAACAGAAUAAUUUAAUUGCAGGGGCAGUUGAGGUGCUAGGUCCCGGUGAGGCUUGUGCCGGCGGAAGUUGCGUUUCAGUUCUCCUUGGCUUCAGGUAGAAUGGCUGAAUGGCAUUCAGGAUGUCGCCAUCCGAGGAGGGUGGAGCGGACGCUCGUGUAGUUUGUGGUGCAGAUUUUAAGGAGACAUACGGAAACCUAGAUGGUCUGUUUCAGAGAUGUGGGUGAGAUGCAGAUAUUUCUCAACAUUUAGUCCCCAGUGAUACUUGACUCCCCUUUCUCUCAGAAGCUUAGUUAAUGGUUGCAGGGGUCAGACCACUUUAAUAAGCUGAAGUGGUCUAGGUGACUAUAGUGGUACAGUGUAUUUUGAGUUUACUUCUUCUGUUCCUCAGCAUAAAAUUCCCAGGUGGAUUUAAAACUGUCAACAACUAUUAACCAACUGGAUAAAAUCUGCAAAUUACUGAUGUGGAACCCAGUAAACUUUAAAGGUGCAAAGACAGAAUUGGCUGAAGUGGUAGGUCCAGUGCCAGUUUAAUACACCUCACCGUGGCUGAAUCCAUGAAUGAUUCUAGGAAAGAUUACAGCUUUAUACCUAAAACUUGUUAAACCCCAGACAUCCGGUGACUAUUUAUUUUUCUUCCAACCUCUGCUGCCUAAUGUUUUUAUGGUCUUUAUUUAUAAAUAUAGAUGCAUUCCUUUCAUGGCUGUGUACAACCGAAAAAAAAGGGAGAAACAAUUCGUAAUGUUUACCAGGAAAAGAGGUUAAUGAGGGCCUUACAAAUAGACUUACAUGUAGUAACUGUGACUGAUACAUAAACACCCCAAAAGAAUAUGGAAUGAUCUCUGUGGAUACAAUAAAAGUCCCCCAACAAUCAGAAAAAAAAACUUACUGGCAAGUUAGUAAGUUGUGGACUUUAGUAUACCAGUGUUUAGAAAUUGCCUUAGAAAAUAAAUGGUUGUGUGGUUCCUAAAAGUGGGAGGUUCUCUGGGUUUGUGCGGCAGCUAGUCAUUUAACCAAAUAUAGCCCUUCUUGCCUGGGUUCUUUAUGCCUCAGAGUCAACUGGUUGGCACUUGUGUCCCUGUUUAAAAAUACCAUCAUCGGCGUUCUGCAUAUCUUUUAAAAAUACGUUUUCUGCAGAUGGUCACAUGCUGACAACGUAAUCUGAAGGGAGAAAACUAUGAGAAAUACAUUCUCCUGCCGCUCCCACAUAGUAAUAAAAGGAGUGCCUUGAUACAUAUUUAGAUAUGUGCAUUUGUUGCAUUGCUCUUAAAAUUAAUCAAUCCGUUCGAAACAAAUACCGUACAGUAUGUUUUUUAACAAAUUGAUUCAUUCGUGCAAAUUACUGGAAGUUUUAAAUCCAAAACACAAAACAAACGAAAAUGUUUUAUCAGUUUAAAAACAAAGUGAAACGUUCUGUUUUGGACAAAUCGGUUUCUUCUCAAACAGAUCGAUUAAUUUAAAGACGAAUAAAAUCAUGACAUUUAUUUAUUUUAGUGCUGGAAACCUUUUAUACCUAUGUCGGUCUUUGUCAUUGAUUCCAUUUGUGUAUAUGCACAGCAUGUUUGGAUUGGGGUCCCUACACACAAUGUAGCUGAUAUUUUGUGAUGUUUAGACUGAAACGCAUACUUUUAAAAUUAAUAUUAAAAGAUACAUUUAGUACUUUCUGAAGAUUGCCCCCGAGUUAGUAGACCUGAAUAUGUGUGGAAGUCAUUAGAUCUGUUUUAGGUCUUUCUAGAACUCUUUGAAUCCAAACUUAAAGGGACCCUAUAGUCUACAAAACAACUUUAACUUAAUGAAGCAGUUUUGGUGUAUAGAGCAUGCCCCUGAAAUGUCACUGAUCAAUUCUCUGCCAUUUAGGAGUUAAAUCACUUUGUUUAUACAGCCAUAGUUACACUCCCUGCCUCUGACUUACACAGCCUUUAGAGUCGUCUAAUGUUUACGCUUCCUGUAUUGAAAAUACUGUUUAUUUUGGAACUUCCUAUCUCCUUCUCUGUUAAUUGCCUUCUAGACUUUGCAAGAGACUCCUGAAUGUUUAUUAGUUCAAUUUACAGAGGAGGAGAUAAAAACUUUUAAAGUAAGUUACAUCCUAUUGAAAGUGAAACCAUUUCUUUCCAUGAGGGCUGUCUCAGUCACAGCCAGGGCAAGUGUGGCUGGGGCUGCAUAAACAGAAACAAGUUAAUUAACCACUAAAUGGCAGUGAAUUAAGCAGUGAUACUACAGGAGCAUGAUCUAUACACCAAAACUGCUUCAUUAAAGGAACACUAUAGGAUCAGGAACACAAACAUGUAUUCCUGACCCUAUAGUGCAAAACCCCCUCUUAGCCCCCUUAAAAGUUAAUAAAACUCACCUUAUUUCCAGCGCCGCGCAGGUCCACAGGCGCUGACCCUGCCCCCUUGGUGACCUCAUCAGAAUUGCUGAUUUUUAGCCAAUCUGGGAAAGCAUUGGAUUGCCUAAAAUCUGUAAGGGCGGGGCCAAACACUGUUUUGGCUAAUCAGCACCUCCUCAUAGAGAUGCAUGGAAUCAAUGCAUCUCUAUGAGGAAAAUUCAGCUGCAUGGGGACGCUGAAUGGCAGGGCUGCUUACUGUGCAGCCCUGAGCCAGGAAGCACCUCCAUUGGCCAUCAGAGGAGUGGCCACUUGGAGGUGUCCCUAGGGGCAAUGUAAACACGCUGCAUUUUCUCUAAAAAGGCAGUGUUUGCAUGAAAAUGCCUGAAGGGAGCUAUUAUACUCACCAGAACAACUACAUUAAGCUGGGUUUUCUGGUCACCAUAGUGUUCUUUUAAGCUAAAGUUAUUUUGAUGACUAUAGUGUCCGUUAAAGAAAUAAAGUAUUUGCUCUCUCAAUAUUUGCUUGCUUUGUGAAUCGUUGAAAAACAUCAUCUCUGCCAAAACAUUUUUAGAAUAAAGGUUCUUGGUUUGGGUUCUGAAAGUGUUGGCAACAUUCCAGCAAAAAUCCCUGAAUAUGAAAACAUUGGCAAUGGUUAUCAACUUGUCUGCUAAACAGUUAACUGUAGUGAAUUUAAAAAUGGAAUUUAUGGCAAACCAUCUGAUAUGAAACAAAUAUCCAAUUCUGCUACAGUUUGGCUAUUUUAUCUUAAAAUUUGCAGUUUGUUUAUUGGCAUCAGGCACUUGGGGCAAUUUAAACUUUGUGAGCGGUAGUGAUUAUAUUCAAACUGCACAUUCUGUAUAUACUUGGGGUUCCUUUUGCCAAGCAGGACAAACCUUUUCCUUGACGCUGACACGCAUGCUUCAAUGCCAGCAUGCCGGCGCCUGAACCUAUACUCCAUAGCCAGCCCUAGCUGCGCUGGCUUAGGGAGUUGCCAUAGCAACCACAAUGCAAUCACUUUGGUUGCUAUGCAUGGAGAGCAGAAGGGCUGCCUGUGGGUGGUCUCUCCUGCUCUCAUUUAUCAAUUCGUUCCUCGCCAUAGAGCCUAUGCUGACAAACUGAUUGACAGGUGUUAGACAAAAAUAUUUUUAAGUAGGUUUUUCUCCUAAUCUAUACAUUUUCUGCUCUGAAGUCGUAUUGGACAGAUGUCCUUUUAGUAAAAAUUUAAGGGAAAAAAAACCAAACCAAGAUUAUGUAAAUGGUAUAUCAAUGAGCAAGGUGACCGCACAUUUAAAUGUACACAGUAAAACAUUGUAAAUAUUUUUCUUUUCUUUAUUUUUUGUUUACUUGUGAAGAUAAUUCCUGUCUAGUCUUGUGAUGUUGAAAUACAUAUCGUGUGCAUAACUUUAUUGUGUAAAACUAGCCAGUAACAAAUUUGUUCCACUUCCUGUUAGUCAUGAGACAACUCUUUUAUAAACAAAAUGCUUCUAUCCCCCAGUUAUAUAAUGCUGCAAUCACUUAGGACAAACUUUUUUUUUUUUUUUUUUGCAAUAGUAAAAAAAAACAAUGCCUUUUCAUGCUUUAAUUAUUGUAUAUGAUUUAUUCUUAAUAUAAAUUAAUCUGUUUGCUACAGGAAUACUCCAGGCUGGGGUUAAAGGGACACCUUAGAAAAUGAAUUGCAAAUGAGGUGAAGGAAAAUAGAUUUUUUUUUUAAUCUGGUCAUUAAUUUGUUAUAUUGCGUUCAGUUGUUAUAAAUACUCUCACUCUGAGAAAAAGAAUAAAUAUAGCCAAAAAAUGGCUGAUGGACUGAGUGGCUUUAUGCCUUCCUGGGUAUUUGCUAUUAUUUGGGUUUUAUAGUCAGCCAGCGCCAUGGACAGGAGCCUAUCAGGGAACUCGCAUCGCAGAGCUUUGAUUGCAUAAUUUUACUGGUUUCUUAACGACCCUCCUGUAAUAUUUGACUCCUUCAUAUCCAUAUAUUCGUAAACAAACCUUAAAAAGAAAUGACUCCCUUUUAUCAGUUACAAGUUGUAGUGUGUUUUUUUCUUUUUGUUAAUUAAUUUUAUUUAUUUUUUUACUUUUUUUAUUUUUUUUAUUUUCCUCUCUCCACCUUCAGCCAAUGAUUGUAUGACUGGCUACAUGUUGGCACUUACAGCAGUUGCCUGGGGCCGACUCAUUUUGCUAAGCAGUUUGACCCAGAUCCAGUGAAUCGUGCCUACGACCUAAUAACCCCACAACCACAAUACCGGCAUGUAGUGUUUAUGGUGUUUAGUGCUGCUUUAAGUAUAUCUAAUGUUUGAGUUAUCAGACACUUCUGACACUUAAGACACUAAAAUGUAAUUCAGAAUUACUUGGCUGUUUCUGACAUUUUUAUUCAUGUGUUAAAAAGAUCAGUUUAAUCUACCAGUAUGGCCCAUCUAGUCUUUGCGCCUGCUUUUAGGGCCCAUCUGCAUAUUUGUUGCAGGGGCCAGAAUUUUCCAGAACAGUGUGAGUAACACAGAUUGAGAGACAUCUGCACAGCCAGCCUAGAGGUCAGUAAGCAUCAUUCACUCCCUCCCCCUUCCCUUGUUUAGUUUUGUAAAGGAAAGACAAACGCAUUAUGUGCAUUGCGAGCUCUGUGCUGACACACUGGAGUUUAAUAAUGGGUCACUUUACUAAUAUCCUCAUAAACGUAUUUAGAGGAACUCAUAGCCAAAAAACACCCUAUUUCUUCUUUAGGUGCAGCACUGUAACGUUGAAUGUUUUAAUUUUUUUUUAUUAUUUUUAUUUUUUAUAAUUUAUGCUUUUGCUCUUUAAAGAAACACUGUGGUUUAGAGGUUAUGGAGUCACCCCCUUUUUAUUAAAUUUUUUAAAUUAGGCAUUAAAUAAAAAAAUAAUAAUCCUUAUGUUCUCUUACCUGAUGUUGCUUCUCUCAGUCAAGCAGUUCCCUUGUCGUUUUGGUCCUGCGGUGUAAAUCAUUGCAGUUUUUGUAGAUACAGCAAUGUUUACAUCACAAGGUUAAACACCCCUUCUGUUGGCUGCUAUCCUGAGUAGAAGGUGCUUUUGCUCCUACAACAGUUAGACUCCGUUUUGUGACGUAUGUCAUGAGGAUGUUGAACAUGGUUUAAUGCUUAUAACAGGAAAACACUGGAUUCAAUGCUUUUCUAUGAGAAGCAUUUGAUUGUUUGAACAUGGCUCUGCUUUUGCCCUGAUGCUUCUCUGAGAAGCAUUGGAUUGGAUGAGAAGACUAAGAUUAGUUUUUCAUUUAAAUUUAGGGGGGGUCCUGAAUCGAAAUCUGUAGUAGAACAUUAUAGCAUUAGGAAUACAUGUUAGCAUUAAUUUCGCUGUAGUGUUCUUUUAAUUCUUCCGUUCAUGUGGAAAGUACCUGGGCCUGCACAAUACAAAAUACUUGAUUAUGGAGUUGCUCACCAAGGACCAAAUUUUAUCCGGAUCCGCAAAAUUCACUUAACAUAACAAAAUUUGCAAUUCUAAUAUGGUUGAAAUUUGCGGAUUUCAACUGAAAAGGCUAAUCUCAUUCAAUACCAGCACCUUCAAAAUCCUCACUUGUCAUAUGUUGCUAAUUUUUAUUUUAUUUUUUAAUACUGGAUUUUUUUUUUUUUUUUUAAACACAUUUUAGAAAGUUCAGUAGAAGACAAAUUUUGCAAAACAAAUUCAAGCCUAAAAAAAGGCAAUAUUUGUCCACUACUAUUUAUGAUCCUGGAAUAUUAAUUUUAUGUAACUAUUGGGGUGUAAUAUUACCCCUCCCUAUGACUGGGAUGAUGGCAGAUUUUCAUGGAGUAUUACAUUUGGGCCAGUCAACCUGCAGAUUUAUUCAUCUGGAUUUGGUAAAAUCAGUUGAGCAGAAUUUGUAGGCAUAUAGUGUCCAAGUUUGUUGAAUCUGAAGAUUCAGCAUUUUUCCAUCAUUCGGAUCUGGCUUUUAGCUGUUUGGAUGCACCCAGAUUUUCAGAAAUCCAGCUAAAUUAGAGACUCUAUGGCAAAAUUCAGACAUUGACAAAUCUGAUGGAAGCAUGAUGGAGCUUAAUAUAUACUGGAAUGGCUGAUUCGGUUAUAUUAUUUGGAAAGUAUAAAUAGGCCGUUAUUCCUCCCUGUGUAUAUACCUUGUACUGUUAGUGUAUGGCCGCCUGCGACUGAACUUCUGAUCUUUAAAAAAAAAAAAAAAAAAAUCUUUUUAGAGAGACCGCAAUGCAUUAAUUUUGCUCCACUAGAACAAAAAAACUAUUUAGACGUAUUUUACUUCUAAAAUUGUAUAGAAGUUCUCUACACAUCUAUUUUUCUGUUAUUGCUUCAGGAAGUCUGUGUUUUUAGCAAACACAGUUGUAUUUGUCUGUACUUUCAGGGGUUGUGUUCAUGAAUUGGAUCCUGUGUUCUGAUUUGCACUGAAGCUAAUCCUUCUUUGCCUGUAUUUGUAUGUCUGUGUUUUUUUGUUAUUUUUUCCUUUUUAAUUGUGAGUGGCAGGGGGACUGCCCCCUCCCAUUUCCGGACCACUAGUUUACAGGGAGAUAGGGGUCUGGCUUUGUUGAUUUAAAUGCAGUUGGGGGUACAUAAUCCUCAGUCUGCCAAAGAGCAAUGUCAGGAAAGAGUUAAACAGGGUCAGUCAUCAGCCUGUACAGAUUUUCUUCUUUGGUCUCAGAUACUGUUCAUACCAAAUAAUUAAAGUUAUAGGGCUGUUACUGCAGCACUUCACAAUGCAUCCACGGUAUAGGGCUGGCACUGCCGCACUUCAUACUGUAUCACUGGUAUUUGGCUGGCACUGCCACACUUCAUACUGUAUCACUGGUAUAGGGCUGGCACUGCCACACUUCAUACUGCAUCAGCGAUAUAGGGCUGGCACUGCCACACUUCUUAGUGCUGUCUCAGAAUGACUCACUGUUGAGUAUGAAAACAGGGUUAAGAAAGCUUAAAGGGGGAUACUAUAGUCACUAUCAAAACUAUAGAUUAAUGUAAAGUAUACAGCUUAAUGUAGUGGUUCUGGUUUCUGCAGCCUGUCCCUGCAAUUUUUUAAUGUAAGCACGGUCUUUUUCAAAAAAAGACCGUGUUUAUAUUGGUUCCUAAUAACACCUCUAGUGGCAAUAACUUAGACAGCAAUUAUAGGUGUUUCCUGUGUCAGUGCUGCACAGCCUCCAUUGUCUCCACGCUCUGCAUGGAGAUGAGGAGAUGCUGAUUGGCACAGCUCAGUGUUUUGCUGUGCAUGCGCAAUAGCAUCCCAAUGGUUUUUCUAUGAGAGAGGAUUGGAUUGGUGGAGAUUUUCAAGUUUGCUGUUUGCAGCCACAGAGCCGUGACCAAGCGGUCUUGUCACGGCAAGGCCAGUGCUAGAGAAAAGGUGAGUAAAAUCACCUUUGCAGCGCAAUCUAAAGGGAAUAGGGGACCUAAACAACCACACAGGCACUAUAAUGUUCGGAAUACGUGUUUGCAUAUAGUGUUCCUUUAAGGGGAAACUGUGGGUUAAUAUACAAAGCGUUGUAAAGAUGCACAAAAUUAAAACAGAAGUUGAUUACCUGCUGCUGGUCUGCUCUCUCAUUUAGGAGAAUUGAGUAUACAGCAUACUGACCCUGCAUGCCCAUGAACUAAAGUUUCAGGAUGGGAAAUUAAAGUAAUCUUACAGGACAAGUUCACCUUAGCAGAGAUCACCCCUUCCCCCAGGCUAUACAUAUAUUCUUAAUCACAGAGCUUAAUUAUGUAUUCAAAAGAAAAUGUGGAGAUAUUAACGUGCUUCUCCUCUGGUCCCGCACCCCCUUGUCUGCAUCUAAAUGGGUGUCUCACUAUUGUACAACCAACUAUCGUGCCACCUGCACUACAAAUUGAUUGCCUUGCUUGUGGAGGCACGCUGGCUUUGUUGCAGGUGUCUGUGAGAGGUGUGAGUAAUUCUGUUCCAUUACUCCUAUAGUCAGCCCAAGAAACAUUAGCUAGGGAAUAAUCAUAGCACCGCUUUGCAUGUGCUGUGCCGCCUGUCCUGGAGAGGAGGAGAACACCUUGUAGGUGGGCCCUUCUGCUCUCUCUCAGUUCUUCAGCAUAAAGGUCUCUGCUUAAGAAUUUGAUUCUGCAGUGCAGGGAAAGACCCAUUUUGAAAUCUAUCAUGUGGUUAAUAUUUUCUUUUUCUUAAAGAGGGUGUCCUCAAUAAUUUUGCCAUUUUAUCGUAUCUCCUUUAUUAUGAUUAUUAGGGGCCCAUCUUGCGAGUACAGCUGUGAUUUAUCCUGGUUAUUUCAUCUGAAAUGAUCAACGAUGGCACAAUCUUACUAAAGGGAGGAAGUGUGUGAAAGUGAAGGUGCUUUGCAUGAAAUGCCUUAUCAACCACAUUUAUGCCAGAGGGAAAUUGUCUUUAAAAUAAGCAUUUUGUGCAAGAUUUAAACUCCUUCAUUGAAUAUUAUAUGCUGCACAGUUUGUUUCAAUGUCUGCGUAUAUUUUAUAAGUAUUUUAAAAUCUGACUUGCUGGGAAAUGAAAAUCCUUCCUUUCUUGAAAACAAACAGUCCACAAAAUAAAAAGAAACUGAGGUUGAAAAGGGGUAUACAAUUGGUGGAAUAAGAGGGCCAAGCCAUUCUUGUUCUUUCAUUUGUUUAACUCUAAGUUUCUAUGGAAACAAAUGGUUUAAGAAAGUCACAUCAGGACAACGCAGACUCCUACCUGCAUAAUCUUUUAAUAUAGGGUUACCCACUAAAUUGUUUGUGUAACCGACAAUAGAUUCAGUGCUUUUGCAGAAGUGAGGAUUGUAAAAUUCAGAGCAAAGGCCAUUUGUAAACCGCAAUACACUCGCACCACCAGUGCUAGUAAAUAACUUCUGGUAUAAUAUUGAAGUUAUCUUGGUAAAUGAGUGCUGGUGGCAGUUUCCUCAAACACAACAAAUGUACUGUAUAACCAAAAAGCAGGGUAUUUUCCAGAAAGGCUCACAUAUGAUCCGCUUCAUACCAUGUACCCUAUGGAUAUCACUUGUUUCAAUGUCUCCGUACCUUUCACAUGGAUAUUUUGUACAUGUCAUAUAUUCUCUAUAAAUCUUUGUUUAAAGAAAAAUGAGUUAACAAAAAAAAAUCAUACACCAUGUAUGUAAUAUGUAUCCAGACUUACAACCAGUGGUGUAUUUAGGAUGCCUCCCUUCUAUAUGCAUGUUAUCACACUUGGCCAGUAAUGUUACGUGCACACAUGUACGUUUCGGGUCUGAAUACAUAUUAGUGAGAUGUGGCAAAUCUUUUAGAAUGUAAACUGGUUUGAGCAGGGCCCUUAAUACCCUCUUGUCCCUGAGCGUCCUGCUCGUCUUGUUACAAAAACACCUAUUAUAUAGCACUACAAAAUUUGUUUAUAAAUAACUUUAGUGGAAACAAUAUAUAUCUAUAAAUAUUUAUAAAGAGAUAUAUAACAAAUGCCAUGCAAUACACCUCUAAAUUAAUUCAAAACGUUAUUGAAAAAUAAGUGACAAUUAAGCUAUUUGGACUUGGUAUAAAAAUAGUAAAGUAAUACGAGGGAUAAGAGUUUUUGGUUAUUUUGGGUGUGUGUGUGUGUGUGUGUCUCUCUCUCUCUCGUUGGAUUUAUUACUGAAUUCCCUGCUGGUAUUUAAAGUUAUUACAGAGAUACUGUGGCACUAAUGUGACAGCCAUAGUAAGCUUAUGCUUAAAAUAUGCUGCUCACCCUCUUUACCCCAGGCACAGUAAAGAUUUCUGCACCUGCUUGUUAGUUUGAUGAAUGAUUUGUUGAAAUCUGAUAGAAAUGUGGGAUGUUUUGCAUUACUUGUGGUCAGAUGUCCGUUAUCGGCUUCUGGUUGACACCCUAGUUCAUAGCCAUUCUAGAAAGCAGUGUUUAUGUUAAGGUUUUUUUCCUGCCCCGCUUCUGUUCCUCCAGUGAACAUUGCACAAUACAAACCUGUAUUCCUAACGCUAUACAGUCCCUUUCCCUGGUUGUUUUAAUACCCCCUCUCCCACGUUUGCCAUAAAAAUGAUUAAUUCCAGCCUCUUCAGACUCCUUUCUCGUCUUCCAGCGAGAGUCCACUUUUAUGAAAUACUCAUAACCCAGUCAAAAUAUAUACUAAGACAAAGUAGGGACGAUUGCUGCGGGACCAAAAAACGCUCUUUCUAUGGAAUAUCCCGUGGGAGAGUCCUGUGCGAAAGUACAGCACUGACAUUGGCUCUUGGCAGCUGAUAAGGAUGGCGACACCUGUGAGAGACCUGUUCAGGUAAGUAAAUCACAGCUUUCCUUGCCCCCCCAUGGCCACUAAACCCCAAGCAGCCAUGUCACUGUAUGCAAAGACAGAGCUGCUUUAAAACUACAGGUUCACUGCACCCACACCAUUUAAAGGACCACUAUAGGCACCCAGACCACUUCAGCUUAAUGAGGUGGUCUGGGUGCCUGGUCCAGCUAGGGUUCACCCCUUUUACAGUGAGAAGACGCCAGCGUCCAUAGGAAAGCAUGGUAAAUGCUUUCCUAUGGACUGGCUGAAUGCGCGCGGCUCCUGCCGCGCAUGCGCAUUCAGCCGAAGAGGGAGGAGAGCUCCCCGCCCAGCGCUGGAGAAAGAGGUAAGUUUAACCCCUUCCUCUCCCCAGAGCCCGGCGGGAGGGGGACCCUGAGGGUGGGGGCACACUCAGGGCACUAUAGUGCCAGGAAAACUAGUGUUUUCCUGGCACUAUAGUGGUCCUUUAAUGGAGUGCUCUGGGUGACCAUAGUGCCCCUCUAAUACACUGUAUUAAAGAAGAAACCACAGAUCUUAACUUAUAUUCUCUAAUAAUACUUUUAAAAGCACCCACAAGCACUGUAACAUAUAGACAGUAGAAGGAGGCUUUGGCUGCAGUCCCUCUGAUUUGUCUUAUUUAACCGGUCUAUUAAACACGUUUACUACCAAAGUUUAUCCAGAAAACUCAACCGGAUUUUGCUUUCUGAAUUGUGAAUAGCCUUGUAGUUUCUACAGAUUUAACAAAUCCUAAAAUGGGAAGCUUAAGAUGCCAAUAUUCAAAACUAGCAAACCUUACAUUAAUGUAUGUAUAUGUAAUGUAGAACAAUAGAGAAAAUAUUCCCCUUAAUGUAUUUUUAUUUUUUGUUACUUAAAAAAAAAAAAAAAAAAUGGUAAUCUAUAUUAUGGAUGUGCUAGUCCAGGCAUAGGCAACCUUCGGCACUGCAGAUGUUUUGGACUACACCUCCCAUGAUGCUUUGCCACAACAUGAAGUCCACAACUAUCCAUGUGCUAUUCAUUCUGUCUUUAUUACUACAAAGAAUGUCAGAACUAAUGGUGGGGGAUGGGAAAUUUAAGUUAUAUUGUCAGUAUUGAAAUUCUAUCAUAUAUGGUUGUUUGUUAUCCUAAUCUUUCAGAAGAUAAUGUGAAGACAGGGCUGUAGAAAUGCCGAUCUAAUGAUAUCAUAAAUAUGGCUAAUUCUUAUUUUCUUUUCCUGAACCACUUUUGUUUCAACCCUGUGAAUAGGCGUUCGCUGCCUUUGAUCUCUGUUAAGUAACCUGGAAUGGUAGACUGAUGCAUUCCUUGUUUGGUCUGUGGAGUCUCCCUCAAGGCUUCUCUUUGUAAUUCGACUUGUAUAGGAUUUUAUAACUGAAGGAGUAAGCAGUGAAAUGGUUCUGCAACUGUUUAUUUCAGAAUUUUAUGUUACAGGGACUCUCCUUAAACUGGAAUGUCUUUUUUGUUGCAGAAAUAUGACCCAUCCCCCCCCCUUCACCUCAACCCCCUGUGACAUUGAAAAAAGCUACGUUGUACAGUUAAAGGGUCACUAGGCACUAUAACAACUUCAUUUCAUUAAAGUUGUUAGAGGUGCCAUCCCUUCCUUCUCUGUUAAACUGUUUUUAGAAGAUUCUGACACUGAAUGAGAAUCCGUCACAGCCCACAUACCAAUCUACCUCUGCCGCUAUGUAUAAGGCGCCUGCUGGCCCUCGUCUCGCAGAGAGAAGCAGGGAAUGGGGCUCCGGGAUAACGGUCAGUUCUCUCCAGAUUUUUGUUCACAGAAUAUCAUUCAUCGAGAGUGAUUAGCUCAUGCUCUCAGCAAGUAAAUGGCCUGCGGGACUGAUUCAAAGUUUCUAUAAUUAAUAUUAUUGCCAUUUAUAUAGCGCCAACAGAUUCCAUAGCGCUUAACAAUAUUAUGAGAGGGGGCAUUUAGUUAUAAAUAGGACAAUUAUAAGAAUACUUACAAGAACGAUAGGUUGAAAAGGACCCCGCUCAAAUGAGCUUACAGUCUAUCGGAGGUGGGUUAUGUGAUCACUGGUCACAGGAGGAGCCUCUGUGUCCAGGAGAACCGGGUAAGAAGUUAAACCACUGCAAAACAGUUUGCCCCAUUACCAGUAAACGGGGCCAGGGUACUACAGCGAUCUGUAGUAGUUCUGAUACUUGAAGUAACUGUUUAGUAAAUAAAUAUAUAUAUAUGUAUGUAUGUAUAUAUGUGUGUGUGUGUUUUAAUCCUUAUGGUAAAUCAUACUAUCUAUGCAUAAGGGACCUUAAACUGUUAAAGUGAGUCUCUCAUGGCACAAUCACUAGGAGUUGUCCUUUGGCUGACUUGCUUAAAUUGCAUUUAAAAAAAAUUAAAACUACUUUCGAGAGGGCCUACUUUUCCUUUGGCUGUGUUAUGUGGCUAAAACUUGCAAUUCCAGUUUUCUUUAACAUUACAAAACCUUACAAGAUAAAGGGAUUAAAUACCGGAAAAUGAUGUAAGUGAGAGCAUGAUUGUUAAUUAACACAGAAUUCAUAAUCUCCAUUGAGCCCAGUGAUAUCCACCAUGUGCUUUAAGCCACUUAUACUGAAACAUGCUCAAAAGAUUUUGGCUCACAUUCAUAUGACACUCCAGAGAAGACGUUAAUCUGAAAGAACUAACAAGAGCUGUCUGUUUCUCAGGCUGUGUGGGUCCUACAGCAACAUUUUUAAAUAUAUUUGGAAAUCGAAGGCAUCAUAAAAGCGAAGCGAGGAGCAACAAUGGGGGAUCUGUCACUUCCCGGCAUUUUAACGUGUUUGUGAGGUCUGAAAAAUAAAUUAAGAAAUCCACCCCUUUGUAUUUACUUCUAUCCUGGAACGAAGUGCCAUCUUGAUUCCCUGUCACCUAUUGUUAGAAGAUGUAUCCUUUUCCCCCACUUACUAUGUUCAAGGACAGAAAAGUAACAUUGGGACAUAUUUAUCAAACAUCCUGCUUCACUGUGUGAGUGUAACUCAGUGGUUUAGUGGGGGGAGUAAGUAACCUUUUUUCCACAUGAUGUCCGACUGCGAGGUUUGUCAGUGGAUGCCGCCCCUUCCCCACCCGCCAUAGCUUUAAAAAAAAAAAAAAAAAUAGUAGAUACCUCCCUAAUUUAAUAUCCUUGUGUGGAAUAGCCUUUUUAAAAGGAAUAAUCCAAUGGAAAUAAGUAAUAUAUAUAUUUUUUAUUUAUAGAUAUGUUUUUCUACAAUUUACUAGAUGUAACCACAAUGGCAACAUUCAUUUAAUUAUACAUUUUUCCAUUGUGGAUAUAUCCAAAAACGGCUUGCAAAAGCUGCAGAUCUCUUGUCUGCAGCCUCUGUAAGCCUUUCCCUCCUAACCCCGCCCAGACUUUCUGUGCCUGUCCAAUCAUAGACUUCCCAAUGCAGCUCAAUGAAAAGUCUUCUCAAGGUAGAUGCUCUGAGAAAUUGCUGCUUCUUGAGUUUCUCCACUGAGCUAACCAAACCAGGAAGUAAAUGGACCAGUUAUCUGACAGCCAGCGGGUGUAACAAGGUUAAUUUAUAAAAGUGUAAAUUUAUUGACAAUCUGCACUUCUAGUAUAAUGAAAAAUAGAACACACACUGUGUGCUUUGUGUGUGGAAUGUCUUUUUUAGGGACAAACUCGAGAGCCAUCCAAACAACUAAAAGAUACAUUUUGGUUUUUAAUUUUAAUCUUUCCCCUAUAGGGGUAGCAGUACUUGUAAUUUAUAUUUGUUAAUAAAAAUGUCUUAAGUUCUACCUUUGUGUGGAAUAAGGAUUAUGCUACAGAAGAGGUAUAGAUAAUACUGUAGUGACUUGCUCUAGUAUUGCUAAAUUGUGUUUUGGUGUUUUAAUUCUAAUUUGGCUGCAGUAAUUUGGAUUGGCUAUAUUUUCAUUUAUGCUUUAAUCAUACUGGGUGUAAGUGGUAUUAACAGGGACGAUUGCCAGAAUUACUGGCUGCAGCCUUUUCAAUUCAUCUGCAGACUAGCAGCGGAUUAGAGGUGGGUCGCGAUGCCUGCUAGAGUACGGCAGGACUUGCCAGCCCAGUACUGUGUGGUUUUGUGUGUGGGCUGUUGGCCCACAAUCUCGCUUCUCUCCCGAGCUGUACUGGCCCACUGAGAUAUUUCCCAUGAGAUGACAGUGUAUGGGGCAAGCUGAGCCCCCAGACUACAAGAAGUAUGUUUGAUGUGGAGUUGUUUGCAAGAGACAACGGGCUGGGAUGACACAUUACUGUGUUAAUGCCACGGCGUGCUGCUCAGGUCAUACUGACAGAGAAUGCAGGUGUGUGUGUGUGUGUGUGUAUAUACAUAUGUAUGUAUGUGUGUAUGUAUAUGUGUGUGUGUAUGUAUGUAUAUGUGUGUGUCACACCCGGUGACUGCCGCAGCCUCACUCUGUCAAACCUAUAUAUUGUUUGUAUUGUGUGAGUACGUCCGCACAGAGAUCUGUGAUGUUAAUGUGGGGCUAACUUUUGCGGCCCUUUUGCUCAGAGCUACGGUGUGUUGGAGUUUUAGUGUUGUGACUGUCUCUGUGACAUUAAAUAUUCAGUAAAUAGUGACACUGACACAAGACUGUAUCAGAUAUGACAUCCAUCCAAAUGUUUGUGUUGCUAUUGUUAUUUUUGCAUUUUUCUACAUACUGGGUGGGCCUUCUAAUGAAACAAAAAAAUAUUUAGAAUAUGUCAUUUUAUUUUUAUAAAGACUGCAAGAAAGUACUCUAAUUUGAAACCUCAUCAUAGUAAUUUCUUAUCUACAAAUCUGAUGCGGGACCAGGUGAUAAUUCAUUUUUCUACUUUUGUAGUAGAAAUGGUGAAUGAUUGACCUACCUCUAUUUUCAAGUUACCAUUUCUGUGUAGUGUCAGUAAUGCUUCAGAUUGAGUUACAUUUAUUGAAAAACAUUGAGAGAAGCUCAAAUAUUGUUUAUUGCAAAACUCGGGAUCUGUCAUUCUCAAGUGCAUGCGGUGCAUGAGUGUUUUUGAAACUGGUUUAACCCUUUAAGGACACAUGACAUGUGACAUGUCAUGAUUCCCUUUUAUUCCAGAAGUUUGGUCGUUAAGGGAUUAAAUCAUUUUAUUUAUUUUUUUGCAUGCAGUAUGGAGUUCCCAUUAGAAGUCUAUUCUUCAACACUUUUGGCUCCUCUACGCGCAAUCCUGUAACACUGUGACGUUCUGGCAUGGCUGCCAUGGUAGUUUUAAUUUAAACCACAACAUCUUAUUUGGGAAUCUCUAUUUCAAUGGGGUGUAUAAAGUCACCUCAAAUUGUAACACCAACACAUUGCAGGCUUGUGCAUUAAAGGUGUCGUGUUUUCGUUUUCUAGUUUAGUUUUUGUUUCACUGAUAAAGGAAAUAUUAAAUCAAGCACAGUCAUAAUCCAGCGUGCAGGGGUUUUACAAUAAUAUAACACCCAACCACUGAUCCUGUCCCCUUGGAAUGAGUUUGACUCUGACUGGGGACACUUUACCAUGUAGCACCACCCUCCUUCAGCACAUCCACAGCAGAAUGGAGUGAUCCGUCACAAUGCUCCUAUUAUCUAGCGUCUGUGAGAAUAUGACAGAAACUAGAACUCAUGCACUUUAGUUCCUGUUCAGGCAUAGGCAACCUUCGCCACUCCAGAUGUUUUGGACUAUACCUCCCAUGAUGCUUUGCCAGCAUUAGAAGUGUAAGAGCGUUAUGGGGGAUGUAGUCAACAACAUCUUGAGUGCCGAAGGUUGCCUAUCCCUUCUGUCACUCAGUUCUCUGAAUACAAUUGUUCUAUGCAUAAAUUAAAUGUCAGGUGGAUUUCAUUUAUUGAUCUCUAGCUUGAAUUUGUUUUCUGGUGGAUUUUAAAUAUCGAUCCCACUAUAAAAAAAAAUAAAAAAUAAUUGAAUUCUGUUCUUCUUGCACAGUUAAAAUCGGAUGCAGUUUCAGUUGUGUAAUAUGACAUGUACAUUUGAAUGCCUUUAAGCAGUUCACCAAUCUAUCAAGCAUUUAAAUGUUGGCAUGAUGUGGUGAUGGUGGGGGUGGAAUCAAAGCCCAUGAACUGAAAUACAUAAUAAACAUUCACUAUACUGAGGUGUUAUUUAUUUGUUUGUUGGUAUUUCUAUUCUGCAGAGUUGUAGAAUAGAGGAAAUACAGACUAAUAAUUAACAUGUAAAUAUACAAAAGGAACAGACGACCCUGCCCGUGAGCUUACAAUCUAGUUUUAGCACUCUUUGUAGUGGGAAUUAAAUGAGUGGGGCUGUAGUAGGUUGCAUUUUAUUUUAUUUUUUUGUGCCAUAAAAGUAACUUUGGUAUAAUGCAAAAUAAAGCAAACUUGUAUGUAUGAUCAGUCAAAUACAUUCUCAUUUUAUUUUUUUUCUUGUCUGUUAUGAAAUAAAAGCCAAGAGGAAGUUUGUGCUUGGGAAUGUCUUUACUUAUUAAGUUUGAACAUGAGGAAAAUAUAAAAAUAAAAAUGGACUGCUGAACAGUUUGAAUUCAAAUAUUGUACACACACCUAUAAAUGUCACAUUUAAAACUAUUCGGCAGUCGAUUGUGUAUCGAUCUAUCAAUAAAUAUGUGUAUAAUGCAAAUGUCUGUAAAAACAUUAUGCAUAUUGUCACAGAUUUUGUGCUUAUUUAAAUAAAUCACAUGUACAGGACAUUUUGUAAAAGCCGGUAAAUCCUGAAUAUGUUUCACUUUGUACACCAUAUUUCUCUUACUGAAAACGUCUUUCUUUAUUUUUAACAGGUACAAUGGCUGCCUCCCAAACGGAGACAGAGGAAGAAGAAAAAGUAGAUUCGCACUGUAUAAACGUCCCAAAUCUAAUGGCGUCAGAGCCAGCUCGGUGCACGUGAUUUCAACCCCUCAGGCCUCCAAGGUAGGUGCUGGUUUAAACGGUCAUUGUGUUAUUGAUGACAAAUUAAUAACUUGCCCACGUGGAUCUCGUCUGGCACUUGGUUAUAAACUGCUUUAAAGGAACAACAGAGUGUUUUAGUGUUAUGUGGACUCUCCGGACCCUUCUAUUCUAAUCUGCACUUUUCAUACAUACCUGUCCUCCUCUUCUCAGGGAACCUUUUAUGUUCGGGUUCAUGUAUGAACGAAGUGUGUGUACAUGUUCCAUUCCAGCUGCUCUGGAGCUAUUUAACAAUGACUUUUAUUUAAUUUGUCCAUCCCUCCUGUAAUCUACAUGUGACAUGUGCAGUGUUCAGGGCAUACCAGCCAUUCCUAUUGUUAUACACUGGCAUGAUGCUAAGUACAUGUAUGUGCAGGGCUUCAGUAGGAGAAAUGAGUAACUGUGUCCCAGCAGUCCUUAUCAUGGGCGUAUGUCCCAUUGUUUGGGAUUUUAUUUUCUUUCUAAGGUGUCUAACAUCGGGAAGAUAUUCACCUUCUUUUUGGUCAGUUCCAGCCCUCUUCGAUACAGAUUUCUUACCUCCCUCUUUUUGGAUUUACUAUUACCGGGGCUCAUAAAUAAACGCUCACUAACAUUUGCUUUUUAACUAAUUUUUUUUAUAAAAUGUCUGUGAACCUCUGCCAGUGCCGGGUAUUUUCUUUAAACAUUUCCUUUCUCAAUAUAUGUACAGCUUUAUGUAUGAUGAUCCAUUUAAAUUCUACCACUGCAGGCACACGAACAAACUAAUGCAGUCAGUUGUAAUUGUUGAAAUCCGUUUUUAUAAAUGUUUACUGUAGAACACGUUGCACUGUAAUAAGAUUAUUUACAAACACGUCUUGGAUACCCGUUAGUCCGCAAACCUUUUACCUGCUACAAAUGAAACCUAUAAAGUACAGCUGUACAGCGGAAUUACAGAAAUGUAAACAAAUACAGUUUUAUUUAUACCAGGGCUUGUGUGAACGUCUUGUUCCUGUAAUUUUUGUGGCUAUAAAAGGAAUCUGAAAAUGUUUGGAGCUGAAUAGCUUUACGUUACCAUAACCCUAUAAUUACCUUGUGUGUGGUAUUUUUAACCCUUCCUCCCAGCCGAGGAGAAUGAACGAGUUAGUGUACAAACCCUAAACAGCCCUAAACAAAACAAAAAAAUUGUUGUAUUUAUUUUUAAUGUUUUGUUUCCUUCUUAUCCUUAUUAUGAAUUAUCGGUUUAACUAAAUGUAUGUGUGUUUACUCAUCCACAAAUCACAUCUAUUUCCAUACAGUAAUACAAUGCAAUGUGCAGGAAAAAAAAAUCUAUUCAGAUUUGAAUAAAAAUUAUUUCUGUUGCACCCAGCAGUUGUCAAUCAGCCAGCCUGUCCUGCUACUUAUUGCUGGUUUAUUUCAGUUUAGCUGUGUUAGAAAGUCUGUGAUUGGAGAGCAACAGAAAGUCUGGGCGUAGUUAGAAGGAGGGGGCUUGCACAUGCUGCAGACAAGAGCUCUGCAGCUUCUGUUAGCUGUUUUUAGAUAUAACCCCAGUAAAAAACAAUGCAUAAAUAAAUGCAUGUAUGUUCACGUUGGGAGUACAGAUACUAAACGUUUUUUUUUUUGUUUUUUUUUUAUUUGGGUAGUGUAGUGUCCCUUUUAAUUGUAGUGAUCUUCCAGAUAAUGGCAACAUAAUAAUGGUAGUAUUAUUGUGCAGGUUUGGAGUAUUCUCCAGCUAUCCUAUUUUGGGCUUAAUUCUUAAAACAUAGCUAAUAAAUCCCUAAACAGGUAUGUCUCAGAAAGGGCUGCUUAUCAGGCUUUGAGAGUAGUGAUUGGAAUAAAUUACUAGCCCCCUGUAUUUACAUUUCUAGGUCACUCCAAAUUUAAUGCUCAAAUAUUACAAACACCAUCCCUGGUGAUGACUCACGUCCGGCAACCACCAAGACUUUUAAUAGCCCUAUAUACAUAAUAUACUCUUGUCCUGCAACUAAACUGUUAAGUUUGGUAACAUGGUAAGCCAAUUUUAUGGUCGGGUAAACUGUGAAUCCACAAGUGUCAAGACCGAUGUUAAAGAGGCUAUGUCACUUUGGAGCAUUUCGUAAAGAUAAUUGUUAUGAAAUAUUCAUAUUGACUGUGCUGGAAUUUUAUUAAAAUUACAACAGACAAUAAUAGAAGACAAAGUAGGGACAUCUGCUGUCAUCUUAUGUCAAUUCCCACAGCUGAUAAUGGCUGUGGCAAAAGGCAUCUUGUCUCGCUUUGCGAGUGCAGUUUUAUAGAGGAUCUUGACGUUUCUUAGGAUCUCUGUGCACUGGCUUCUGGUGAUACAGCACUAAUAACCGCAGAUAAUGGCUUAAGGUAAGUUUCUCCCCUGGGCAGCCACACACCAAGCAGGCAAUGUCACCUUUAAGAGGCCUUUGCAAAGUAUGACCUUUAAGGGGCUGAACUACUUUGAGUAAUAAUUCGAUAGAGCAGAAAUAGCAGUGCUUAAAUGGAUUCUAUAGUGCCAGGAAAACAAAGCAGUUUUCUUACAGUGCCACCUCUCCCGUGCAGCUGAAGGGGUUAAAUCCCCUUUAGUCACUUACCUGAAGCCAGUGCCGAUGUCCCUCUGUGCUGGGUCAGGCUCCGCCCACGCUCCUACACCACAGACGUCAGCUGGCGAGGGAGACCUAUUGCACAUGGCUGCGCUUGUAUUAGUAUCAUUGUAUUAUUCAAUGCUUUCAUAUAGGGAAAAACUGAUGCUGGAGGUCCUCAUGCAUAGCGUGAGGACGUCCAGCGUCGGAUAAUGGACCAAAGGUCCAUUUGGAUUCUAAACGUUCCUCUAGUGGCUGUCUGGUAGACUGCCGCUAGAGGAGGAAUUAACCUUCAGGGGUAAAUAUUGCAGUUUCUCAGAAACUGUGAUAAUUACCACUGUAGGGUUAAAGGACAUGGGACAUUGCACUCAGACCGCUUCUGUCUACAGUGUUCCUUUAAAGGUGUUAAUAGAAAUCUGUAUUGCUAAUGCUAUAAGGUCCACGUCCCCAUUUGUAUUAAGCCUCCUACCCCAAUGUUUGCAUUACAAGUUUUACUUGCCUUUUUCCAGUGCCAAGGCUUCCUUGGUGCUACUCACCUCUCCAUCUCCUGUGACACAACAGAGGAGAUGGGCCUUCUCCAGGUUGGUCCAACAAGCGCUGUACAUGCAUGCUUUUCCAUUGGUAUAUUUCCAUUCGUAAGCAUUGUAUUCAGUACUUUGAGUUUUACUCUGUCAAUACCGCAGAAGCAUACUGACAGCCUCUAGAGGUGGACUUAACCCUGCAACGUAACCUCUGUGUAAUGUUUACAUGAUCGCUGUACCAAGAACACAUAAUUGAGAGGAAGUGGUCUGGCUGACUAUAACAUCCCUUUAAAGAAACCCCAUCUGUAGUGGUCCACAGCACAGUCAUAUGUGUAUGAGUAAGGGCACUUUUGUAGUCCAACAUGUAGAUGGCUUCUAUCUAACUUGUCUGCCUGCAUGUGCUGUACAUAAUAACUAUUGACUAAACUACAUACUUUCAUUAAAAUGUAUUCUGGCUUAUUUCAGCUAUUUAAUUCUGAGACGUGCAACUUCCACGUCAGCCGCUCACAGGAAGAGGGGUCGGUAAGAUUCUGUUUUUUAUUUUGAGAUAGUUAGCCCCGUAAUUGAUAAUUCAAUGUUUAGUGUAUAAGCUGCCAAUACCAGGCCAGAGGGGGGAAUCUGUAUUUCAAGCAAACCCUGCGCAGACCUUAAAUUUCGUGAUUGAGCUGCCUGUGUGUCACGCAGAGCAGGCAUAGUGCUGUCAGCUUACAUAACCCAGUACCCUGCUUGGAUCAGCAUGGCCACAUACCAUGAUUAGUUAUUAACUCUUUCCUGUCUGAGCAACUGGUAGGUCAAGGGCCAUGCGCAUUGUUGAAGAUGUUUUGUAGACCGUAAAAAAAACAAAAACAAAAAUAAAAAACUGACUUUAAAAGGUCACUAUAACGUGCUCUUAAUUUGAUUUGUAAGAAAGCCACGUGUUUGCUUGCCAGGAAGGAAAUAAUCUAUAUAUUCCUCAUCAAAUAUUUAUAGAUCUGAUUUUCUUUGAGUGCCUUACGUAAGGUCUGAUUUGUUUCUCUUGGAAUGGCUGAAGGUCCGUAUGAACGUUGGGAUUUUCUAGUUCUUGUCGCUUUGCAUGUGGUUAUUGGUGACUUCAGUAAAGUAUUUACCCUUGUGCCAACUAGACCUGGGCAGCCGAGUGUAGUGGGAGGCAGGGUACUGGUUUUAAUUUGGAGUGUUCAUAGUUUAUGGGACACAAGGAUUUUGACGUUUCUAGCCAAGCAGUGUACACUGCAUUGUUUAGGGUGUGUUAAUGUUCUGUGCUCGAUUCUCUCCAACAAUUGUAUAUUGUCUGUUCUUAGCCAAAGCAAAGAACGAGUGGGAAUUUACACAGCUGUCUGUAUGAUUUCCACAGUUUUAAAGUUUCCCAAGAAAGUACACACCCUGUUCUUAGCCUUUCUUAGAACACAAGAUGUUAAAGGCUUUCCAGCGUUCCUAUAAUGCCUUCUGAAAGGUUUCUUUUUGUAUCGGUGUUAUGAAUAAAGCAGAUUAUGCAACUUUACUGUGUAAGGUAUCUUUCAGUAACUUUGAACUAUUCUGCUUCACCUGGACUAACUCGGGGUGUAUUACUGCAGUAGUCAUUGCUUGGCCUGUUCAUUUUAUGUAUUAGGAAAGUAAUUGGAUAUGCUUAUGAAAGCAAGCAAGCUGGAGGCUGUGUGUAAUGAUGUGGAAUUUAGCAUAAAAGAAAUACAUGUAGAACCUAUAAUGAAAUAACUUUGUAUCAGACUUGAGCUUUGAUCUAACUAGGAAAUGGCUUGGCCAGUCAGGAGCCUCUUUGUGGUAUGUGGAGAUUGUAUAUCAGCACAUCCAGCUCUCGGUUAAAAAGCUGACACUUCAGAUUAUUGGUGACUGUCCCAUAUCUAAUCCCAGCAAAGACUGUACAACUGAUAAUACAAGAGAGGACCCACUCACAAUACAUGGUGGUUCUUCUAACCCCAUAAACUAAUGCUGCACUUCCCAAUGACCCGUCCCGCUGUGUUAUUGGACAAGUACACGGACAGGAACAAGGAAGAAUUUAAGGAUAUAGGAAGCGAGUUAUAAUGCUGUGAUUUUAAUUACUUUCUUUCAAAAUAUGUACUUUAUGUUUAAUGGAAUAGAAAGGCCACGUGCAGCAGUAAAAAAUGGGAAAGUUACAAUUUGUCAGGGAUGGACUUUAUAAAGAAAUAAUGGUUAUAUGGGAAAUCCAUUGUGUAAACUGCUAGUCACUUCUUAUUUAGUCCUCAUUGGUAAGCUGUCAGUCAAAUGAUACCUUUACCAUGUUUAAUAAAUCAGUCGAUAAACGACUUGCACAGUAAAUGUUAAUGCUGGGUGUAAAGUGAAUGGCUUAUUAGCAGGUACUCCUCUAUUUUAAACUCCCCAGACUGCCUAAGGAAUCCGCAUCAGUGUUCCUCAAAGUAGCGGAUAUUUAAGUUUAAUGAAUGGACUGCAGUGAGUGUUUCAUUGUCUAUGAAUACAUUGCAUAGUAAGUACUAUGUCUGUUGAUUCAGCGCUCACUGCGGGUAGAAGUGAUGUCUGGUGGUCAGAACAGGACUAGUGUGUUGUCUUUCUAAAAUAUGCCCCACAGAGCAAUUAAGUAGGGUAUAUCACAUGCACCAAGUUUCAUCUGCCAAAUUGUCUGUUGUUUGUUUUAAAGGGACACUAUAGUCACCAAAACAACUUUAGCUUAAUGAAGCAGUUUUGGUGUAUAGAUCAUGGCCUUGCGGUCUCACUGCUCAAUUCUCUGCUAUUUAGGAGUUAAAUCACUUAUUUAUACAGCCCUAGUCACACCUCCCUACAUGUGACUUACACAGCCUUCCUGUAAAGAGGCAGCUAAUAUUUAUCCUUCCUUUAUUACAAGUUCUGUUUCAUUAAGAAUUUCUUAUCUUCUGCUCUGCUAGUAGCUUGCUAGACCCUGCAGGAACCACCUCUAUGUGAUUAAAGUUCAAUUUACAGAGCAGGAGAUAAAAUCUUUUAAUGUAAGUUACAUCUGAUUCAAAAUGAAAUUUUUUUUAUUUUUUAUUUUUUUUUCACUGCAUGCUGUCCGACACAGCCAGAGAAGGUGUGGCUAAGGCUGCAUAAACAGAAACAAAGUGAUUUAACUCCUAAAUGACAGUGAAUUGAGCAGUGAAACUUCAGAGGCAUGAUCUAAACACAAACAGUGCUUCUAAAAUAGUUUUGGUGACUAUAGUGUUCCUUAAUUCUUCAUGAAAUAUUUCACUUUAUAUAGAUAGGGUUUUUUUUUUUUUAAACCGGCGAAGACCAAUUCAGGAUUCACUAUAGAAACCACAAUACUAGUUUAGAGCUACAUUUCUUCGCUUAAGUGUGAUCGAUCAUUGGUUCUAGUUCCGUGCAUUAAUUUAUUCCUCUUGUAUUGAGUAAAAGCAGAUUGUGCAUAAUUUAUGAUCCACCAAGUGUUCUUCAAUUUAACUCCGAUGUUUUUUUACAUUUUAUGUCCAAUUUAACCAGCUCGAAUUGUUUCUGUUUUUAGACUGUUUUUGUAGUGCUGGCAUGCCAUAUGGCAGUUUGGUGGGCAGCUUAGAAAUAACUUUGCAGAUUUGUAAUGGCUAGAAUCAAAGUAGAAUAUACUAUACUGGACAACACAUUUAGUCUUCUAGUAAUUUAUUGUGAAUAACUAAACUGUGUAUAUGUGUGUGUGUAUAUAUUUAUUUAUUUGUGGUUAAUGGUAUGUGAGCAUGAAGGUGUACGGGAGUGGAUAUUUCUGUUUUGUAUAUGACAUUUCAGUGUUUCUGUUUUUAGUAUGGGAGGGAGGAGGGGGGGGGUGUUGCUGAUGGCAGAUCAUGAAUUAAACCUGUGUAGUGACCAGAUGGUGUCUAUGUAUUAUACUGCUGCAAUGAACAAGGAAUCAAUAAAUUGACAUAGCUAAAAUGGAAACCAAACUUCUGAACCAGUGGGGCGGGGGUUGCCAUCUCUGCUAGUGGAGCAGGCGAACAGCAAUGAGCUGCAGAGAUGGCUACCAUAGGAUACUGACAGUUAUUAUUUUUUUUAGCCAAGUAUUGUUAAACAUCUACUCGGGUCCCCCACACUGAUACCGACCACCACUUGGCAUUUACCGUUUUGGAAGUUGUCCAAUUGUACAAAUAUCCCAGUUUGUUGCUAUAGCAAUUCCACCAUAAAUUUAAAAAGGUUCACUCUGUGCAUGCACAAUCUGUGAUUGUCUGAGCAAUUUGCCCUUAGUGUUUCCAUUUACACAGCUUGCCAAGUUUCAUGGGAAUUUAUUGCAAACUACAUACCCCAUGCCCAAAUAGUCUUCAGUGCUUAAAUGUGCAUGAAUAUAAUAUAGUAUAGUGUUUGCAUUAAUUCAAUUAUCUUGUUGUCUUUUCCACUCCUAGACGAGGCAGAUAUAAUUUAUAGUCAGAUGGCAACAGGUGUUUGGGCUUAGCUUGUAGAAUGGAAGCCAGGUGUUAGUUUAGCAACCCCUAUUAAUCUCUGCGGGAGAUGUUAAUACGUUUCUUAAACUUUAAAGAUUACCAGAUGUUUCCAUGCUGCAAAUUUGAAAUAUAAUAACAGGCAUUUUAAUGAUUAGUCACUCGUCCCUAAAAGAGUACAAAAAAUGACCCCCCAAGCCAGUCCUACCGUUCUAUAGGCUGACCGGUAGAUUCGUUCUGUAAGUAAAUGCAUUUUGUUAAAACGCAAUACACAUCAGGGUUCUCUGCAUGGAUUUUGACACUGCAUUUUUGCUUCUUGUAUUGGAUUUUCUUAGAAAAACCCAGAGCAUGUAACACAGGUUAUGCAAGUGUCUGUGAAUCCAUGAGAUGAUAAAAUGUGAUGUGUAGACAUUGUAUAAAUUCCCCCAUGGCAUUUUUCACAGUUUUACUACAGAUGGAAUAUUGAGCCUGCGAAUUACAAUAUUCAUUGUUCAUAAUUGUGGCUUAUUUUUAAAAAAAAAUUUUAUCUUCUGUGGUCUUUGCAUAUUUUGCACAUUACUACCGUGGCCCGGAGGGGUGGAGCAGAGGUUUGAUAUCCUUCCCUGAUGCCGUCCACAUUGGGCGCUGCCAUCCUUAAUCUUCAACUCCUGAAGAUCUCCUGAUAUUGCCAUGUAACGAGCGAGACAAUGCCUUAUUCCCACAGCCUCCACUAAGCGUGACCAUAAUUAUGGAGGCUCCCACCGUCUCACAUGAUCCUCCACAGACAUCAGUGUUGUACAAAAUUGACAAAACUUGACGGCGGUAGCUCUGCCUUUUGUCAGGUUAGGCAUUUAUAAUAAGACAAAAUAUUUCCUACUUUGUCUUAUAUCUUGGCUGCGGUGGAAUGUCAGUUUUUUUUCCAGCAUUUCAUAAAGAUUAUGCUCAGAAUGGUUUUUGUGUGGGUGACACAGCCUCUCUAAUUCCAUAACUGCUUUCUCUCAUGAUCCAAGGUGCUUCCAACAAACAUUCAACACAUAACUUCAUCAUUACAGUUAGUGUGAUCACAACUUCUCCCCUUCCACCACCUGCACAGCUCCUGGUCUUACUUUACUGAAGAGAAUUUUAGAAUAAUCCACUCUUACACGUGUUGUUCUUAUUCCAAACCUGGUCUGUCCAUGUGCUAAGCUACCAUUACCAACUUCCACAUGUCCCCAUUCAACCUACAUUGUAUCUCCGUGACACUUCUUACCCCUAAACACCUUGAACAGCUAGUACCUUGCUUUAAAUUCCCAAUUUCUUUUAUAGAUGGCUCGUUUGUACCUCUUUCUUACUGUAUGUUGUGGGUUAAAUGUAUUUGUAGGACUGUACCAUAAAUGAUACAUACAGUAACAACCCACAUUACAGAGCUAAAAUAUAGUAGCUGGUAACCUUUUCUCCUCCAAUACAUGGGAGACCAUAUCUAUAAUUUACAUUACACAUAUUUGGUUUUAAUCCUGGUGCCCCAAUUUGUUAAAUUGUAAAGCUGUACAUGGAGCCUUAACUCUUUCAAGGAUGGGAGAAACAAGUAAACCGUUUAACGGGCCAUAUGACAUUGCAGGACUCCCUCUAGAGUGCUUAACCCAACUCUGUUGAAAUAAUUAACUGUCUGGGUGCCGGAACAGCACAAUGGUCUGCAUGUUCCUCUUUGGAAACGUGACAUAUAGGGCCGGUGUGACAUUUAACGAGUAGGCAGGUAAAACUCCAUUAGGCCAGGAACUGAAUAAUAACGUUGUUCUUUGAAAACCAGAUCUGAUAGGGGAAAUGGUGCAUUCCCCUACAGCUACAAUUGGAAACAUCGACAAGCGUUCAAUCAAUUUUUGUGUCUUUGUUUUCCAUUUCUACAGGCGAUCAGCAGCAGAGGUCAACACAGCAUCUCCUACACACUAUCCAGAACCCAGACUGUUGUAGUGGAAUAUACUCACGACAAGGACACAGAUAUGUUUCAGGUAGGAACACCCCUCCACCCUACAAAAAAAAACCUAGAAAAUGACGAUUUUACCAUGUUAUUAGCAAUUCCCAUGUCGAUUCUCCAGAAUUGUCAAACUAGUAAAAGCAGAUUUUGGUCUUUUCUUCUGUUUUAAUCUAAAAUGUGUAAUUCCUGUCAGUCCUUCAUAGUGUGUGGAGUUCCCUCUGGCCAUUCUCCCAUUCAGCAUUUAACGGGUUUUAAUGCUAAAUGAGAGUCCCCAGCAGCCAAUCCCCUCUAUCCGCUGCUUGGACUAAUUCGGAAUCAUUGACCUGAAAGCGGUCAACUCACACUCUCAGCCAAUCCCAGCGCUCAUUGCUGGUAUGAAUUGGUAUGGCUAGAAGAAAGUGUGUAAUCUCUGCCUUUUCUGUACUUUCAGUAGGGGGUUGGUUGUAAGAAGCCAGAGACCCAGAUUUAGUGUUAAACUGCUUAAAAAGGUUUAACACUGAAUGGAGGGAUAGCCCAGGAGCCUCCAGGCACUAUAACCACUUCAAUUAGAUGAAACUGUUAUAGUUUCCAGUGUCCCUUUAAGGCCUAUCACCUGAAACUCUUAUUUAAAGGGAAUUAAAUCACAGUAAGUUUAAUAUUGGUGAUAAGUAAACCACACUAUAUCGCUGUUUCUAUUGAAACCUGCAUUUUUGUGUGCAAAAUAAAGAGUACACUCUUCACAUAUAAAACCUUUCAGCAAGCUUAAGUGCUUUCGUGGUCUGGAUUGGCUUAUAAAGGCUUACUCCAAGCGUCAUAAUCACUACAGUAAGAUUCAGAUACAUUCAUUUUCUGAGAGCACAAUCAUUCUGCCAAUCAUUGCAAUUCUGUGCAUAGCAAUAUACACAGAAUUGACACUAGCCAGCCCAGAAAUGUAGUUCCGUGCUGGCAGAUGAUGCCCCAGUGCAGUUACACCUCCAGCAGCAGAGGGGUGUGCAGCUUUUUAAAUGACAUACAGACUUAAAAUCACUGAAGUGGUCAUGGUGCUUGGAGUAAUCCUAAACAAAUGUUUAAAACUGUCCGAUUUCAAAUAUUUUGGUGUAUUAACUAAUCUCCAAACAGUGAAUGAAAAAUUAUAUUGCUUAUCUGUGACUAUAGUAGAGUUGAAGAUGUUUUUAUUUUUUCUAAUAGUCACUCUUGACCUAAUUUGUAAUUCUAUUUCAAUUAACCAGAAUUCUUUCCGAAUGCUAUAUUUUGUUUUUAGCUGCUGUGUUUUGAGAUGUUUUCUUUUUUUCCAUGUAACAACUCCUUUUAUAAUAAGUGUUUGUUUAUAUUGCUUUAGAUUGGAAGAUCAACAGAAAGUCCAAUUGACUUUGUAGUAACAGACACCAUUUCUGGUAACCAGAACGAAGAGACGCAGAUUACACAAAGUACAAUAUCCAGGUUUGCCUGCAGAAUAGUCUGCGAUCGGAACCCACCUUACACAGCUAGAAUCUUUGCUGCUGGGUUUGACUCCUCAAAAAAUAUAUUUCUUGGUGUAAGUAUAAUCCAUGCAUUGAUAGAGGAUAUAGAUGGCUGGCAGUAGUGGGCGAUACACAGUUCAGAUUUUAUAAACACUUGGGUUUGCUGAUCAUGUUAAAAUCAAGAUUUUCUGCUAAUAAAUCAUUAUACGGCUUUUUCAAAAUGUAAAUAAAUUAUAUUUCAGAAUCCAAAGUUCAUUGAUAAAUUGUUACAACCAUUGUAAAUGUUUACUGGGCCACAUUACCUGUCUAAACUCCAAAUAACAUACCUGCAUUUUUCUGGUAAACCAUAGAAGCUCCAAUUAUGGAGAGUCCCUAAAUUUAUCUCUACUGCAAAGAGCUAAAUGCUGAUAUUCUGUUAUUAUUAUAAAGCGCUACGGAAUCUGUUGGCGCUAUAUAAAUGUCGAAAAUGAUAUUAUUAGGGGGUGUCUAACUAUAAAUAGGACAAUUACAAGAAAACUUACAGGAACGAUAGGUUGAAGAGGGCCCUGCUCAAACGAGCUUACAGUUUAUGGACUGUUCAACUACUUGUGAUAAACUAAAGGCGUUAAAAUGUUUUAUGGUUACAGUUUAUACUUUUUGUGUGUAAUUCUGGGAAAGAACACAUUAUUUGAUUAUUUGUUAGGAGAAAGCUGCCAAGUGGAAGAAUCCUGAUGGUCACAUGGAUGGAUUAACCACCAAUGGUGUUCUCGUGAUGCAUCCAAGGGGCGGGUUUACAGAAGAGUCAAAGCCCGGCGUAUGGCGAGAAAUCUCUGUCUGCGGUGAUGUGUACACACUGAGAGAGACGAGAUCAGCGCAACAAAGGGGCAAACUUGUAAGAUUGCUAUUUACUUUUAUUUUUGUUCCCCAACGCCAUCCCCUAUUCUGGCUGAACACUUUAUUAAAAUAAGCCUUAAAGUGCAAAGUGAAUUCACAUUUUGCAUUAUAAUUUCCAGUGUAGUCCAAUGUGAACAGUGGUGAUUGGCUGGAGUUCUGGAAGCGAUUUAGUCCAGUGUUCGCAGCCAAUCAGUGGUGUCCAGCUUGGACAGGAUAGCCAUUGAUAAUGAACCCGUUUAGGAAUGGUUAGACAUAAUCUGGGACAACACUAUCAUUGUCUGAGAUCCCUGCACUACAGCAAGCUGCACUGGUUCUGUUGCUUAAAUGUUGCUCUCACCAGAACUUUAUGGCCUACAACUCCCAGUAUUCCUUUGUAUGAAGUGGAUGACCAGAGUAUCAGGUGAGGAGUUAUAGUUUAGGAACGGUUCAAACACUUUUUCAAGAGAGUUUUCAUGUGUGUAUGUUUAAGCACAUAUUGAAUGUUGCGUUAAUGAGUUUCUAAAGAUAAUUUUUUUUGGGGAGGGGGGUGGGGAUCAGGAUCUGUUGUGUUGCUGUUAUGUACUUCUCUUCAGACAAACUACAUUGCUUUUGAGAUAUAAUGCUAUAUUCUCAUAUUAAAUGUACAAAAUAAAUAAUUUAGAGCAGUGGAAGGCAACCUUUGGAACUCCAGAUGUUGUGGACGCCAUCUCCCACAUUGAUCUUACAGGCAUAAUGCUGGCAAAGCAUCUGGGGAGCUGUAGUCCACAUAAUCAGGAAUGCCGAAGGUUGCCUAUCCUGGAGGAGGGUGCAACUUGAAAUAGAGUAACCUACUAUUUUAAAGUUCUCUUAGUUGAUCUGUAGGUAGAUUUAUCUAGAACAAUGCAGAGUGUAGUUUACUGUGAGAUCACCUAAAGGUUUUCUAACAUCUCAUGCAUUUAGAUCUGAUAAAAUGUCUGACCUGUUAGGGUGUUUAGCCAACCCAUUAGAAAUACCUUUAUAUACUUUAGGUCACUUAAGUCAGCUUUACACUAUUCUUUUUUUUACAGCCCUAUCUACUCAUUUGGUUAUGUUGAUUACGGGAAUUUUCCUAUUCUAGCUUUGAAUGAAAAUACAGUAACAUACCUAUGUUUUUGGUUGCCCUAGGUGGAAAACGAGACCAAUAUUCUUCAGGACGGGUCUCUAGUUGACUUAUGUGGUGCCACCCUUCUUUGGAGAACAGCAGAUGGCUUGUUACAAACUCCAACUCAAAAACAUAUUGAAGCUUUGCGACAGGAAAUCAAUGCUGCCAGACCUCAGUGCCCUGUUGGAUUAAACACCCUAGCUUUCCCCAGUAUCCACCGCAAAGAUGUUGUGGAAGAAAAACAGCCUUGGGCUUACCUCACUUGUGGUCACGUACACGGGUAUCAUAACUGGGGUCACCGCAGUGACACAGAAGCAAACGAGAGAGAGUGUCCGAUGUGUAGAACAAUUGGCCCGUAUGUGCCUCUUUGGCUUGGUUGCGAAGCAGGAUUUUAUGUAGAUGCUGGCCCUCCCACCCAUGCUUUCAGCCCAUGUGGACAUGUCUGCUCAGAGAAAUCUGCCAAAUAUUGGUCUCAAAUCCCACUUCCUCAUGGUACACAUGCAUUUCACGCUGCCUGCCCUUUCUGUGCAACACAACUGACUGGUGAAGAAAGCUGUGUCAAACUUAUUUUCCAGGGUCCUGUUGACUGAUGGUAUUUAUAACAAACAAUAAAGCUUUGUUAAAAAGAAAAAAAAAAUUAAAUACUGUGAAAUUUUCACCACUAAUAUUAGAAUUGAUCUUUUUAUAAUUUUAGUAAUGGGGAGCAAAUAGAUAACCUUUUUCCAGUGUCCUUUGAACUGAUCAGAUGUCAAUGCUAUGGCAUGCAUACCAGCAGCUUAUUCAUCAUUUUGGGUUUUUCUCUGUUCAAUUUGUUUAGCUGUUUUUAGCUUCUUUUUUCUUUUUCCCCCAAGAGGAAUGUUACUUUUUAUUUUUACAAUUUAGAAAAAUCAUUCUUUAAACAUUUUUUUUUUUCAGCGUAAAAAAAAGAAGAAAAAAAGCUUUUGUUGAAUGUAAUUUGACGUUAAAGGAUGAAUUACUUUGCAGUUCUAAUUUCUGCAGUAGUUUUACAGUUUCUUUAAAUAUAACUCAGCGGAAAUUGGUUUUAUAGCCACUAAAACCUUUUGCAGGUCUGUUUGCAAAUUAAUGCAAUUCCUUCACUAAAACUCCAUUUCUUAUUUUGUAUGACCAGGUCCCAUGGCUCUCAGAAUAGAUUUUCAGUAAUUAUCUGUUAAAGGAACAGUGAGUCUUACUACUUUUAGGCAGCUCUUAAUGCCCAAGUUCUAUCGCUAUAAGUAUUGAUUGUGGUGAGAUGUACGUUAUUGUUUUAAUAGUGCUUGUGCAUUCAGAAAGGUAAAGGAGACUCAAAAUCCCCCCAGUCAUUAAUCAUUUCUCCUACCAAAUCUUCAGUUAUGCUCUAGAAGCUAUGAGUUUUGCUGUCUGUGUCUUGAACCCUUAGAAAUAAAUGCAAUGAUCUAGUCCUGUUCUACUGCCUAGUUGACCACUAAAUUAAUUUUACUCACUCACUUAAAUAUUAAUUGGGGGUAUAAAUACUAAACAUUAAUUUACUAUUUAUUUAUAAUUAUGCAUUUUUCACAGAGGCUGUAUCUAAAAACAGCUUGCAAAAGCUGCAGAUCUCUUGUCUGCAGCCUUUGCAAGCCCUCCCCUUCUAACCCCGCCCAGACUUUCUGUGGCUGUCCAAUCACAUAUUUCCCAAUGCAGCUGCUCUGCGCAAUUGCUGCCUCUUGAGUUUAGCUCCACUGAGCUAAACAAACCAGGAAGUAACAGGAACUGUUGUUAAUUUAUAAAUGUGCCCAUUUCUAUUGAAAUCUGCACUUUUUUUCAUGAAAAAGAGGACCGUGUUCACAUAGAAAGUACUUUAGCUUGCCUUUUCUAUUGUGUUGAUUGUCCCUUUAAAGGGUAGUUGUCUUGACUAACCUUUACUCUCCAUUCCCCUGCCGCUAUCUCAUUAAAGAGGUCGGUGUUACACUUCUGCACGCACCUCUCCUCUGUUUUUUGCUGAUUUGCCGAUACUUCCCCAAGCAGGGCAAACUUUCUCCAUAAAGCUGACUUCAUUGCCAGCGUGCAGGCGUCGGAGUGAUUUAACUCCUAAAUGGCUGAUAAUUGAGCAGUGAGAUUGCAGGGGCAUGAGCUAUACACCAAAACGGCUUCUAUAAGCUAAAAGGUAAAGUUGUUUUUGUGACUAUAAUGUCCAUUUAAACAUUCUUUCCCACACACUUAAAUUUAGUUUUUAGAAUAUGCAUGCACUUAGCAGCUCUUUAAAGAAACUGAAAAUCGUGAGAGACCUUGAAACCAGACUAUUACGUGAUAUAAAAUUCCAUAGCCACCAGGGGUAGGUGCUUUUUGUUUCUAAAUAGACUUGACACACCAUCUGUCAGGAAGCCAUUAACACGAAGGUAGGUUGUACCUAUGUGUUGGAGUCCUUUCCCUCCCAAUGAAAAUGCAGUCUUAAUUCGCUCUGUUAAUAUGUGCUAUUAUUAACAAUUUCACUUAAAACCAAAAUGACAAAUGCUUAAAAUCACAUUCUUGGUGUAGUUUGAGGGUUAGAAGUUUCCAUUAGAUGUUAAUGUGCUCUAGAAUAUUUCAAAAUGUGUGCAACUGUAUGUGUAUAGCUUUUUCAUUGGCAGUGAAUUCACACAAUUACUUAUACCCUUUAUCGUUACAAAUGUCCUCGUUUUCAAUUUUGUCUAAAAUUUUAAAUCUCUUCAAUCAUGCGUAAUUAAAACAAAUAAUUAGAACAUCUGCCUUGAGAAGAAAAACAGAUAAAAUGUCGUAGAAAGGGUGUACUCUUAUAUAAGGGGCCAAGUUUACAUGUAAGUCUAGUAUUUGUAAAAACAUGUCUUUUUAUAUUUCAGUCUUUUCCUGCCUCCUAUAAGGGUUUCUAUACUCAGCUGACUUAUCUUCACUCCUACACAUUUUCCCCCAGUCUUGCCAGACUGCAUUUGCAUCAGUUAUUAAAAUGGCAAGAUGUGUCCACUUGCUUAUUGAAUAAGACUCCACAGGUAGAUCCCAGAUAGCUUGAUUUGUUCAGGUGCAUUAAAAGGCAUUUGAUUUGUUCAUCCUAGCUGAAAAGUAUGUGUGUGCAAGUCUAAACAAAAUGUGUGUAUUGUUUAAACUCCAACUUGGACUAGUCAAAAUAUUUAAAAACUACAGGGUUUUACUUAUGAAGAUAUUAAUUUCUCUGCAAUAGGAUUUGAUGAUCUUUUUAAUUAGAGGUGAUUUGAAAUGCUGCAAGGCUACAUUGAGUAAAAUGUUGCAAUCUGCAUUUAAUUCAAUACUUCUCUGUACAUUUUUACAAGUAUUCUUCAUUACAAUGGUGAUAUAGCAAACACUAAACUCUAAUUUGGUUAAUAUACCAAAUCUGAUUAGCUCAUUUUAGCAUGGUCAAUAAAUAACACUUAUGUUUGACCGGCCCUUUUCUGUAAAGGUGCACUAAUUGAUUCUUUAGGGAUCAAAGACAUUGUUAAAAUCUGCACAAGUGAUUUUGUUUGCACAUCCUCAGCCCUAUUUACAUCUUGCAAAAAAAAAAUCACAGUUUGAACUAAAAUUUCUUAUGGGAUUUUUUUCUCAGAUUGUAUUUACAUCUUGUUUGUAAUGAGCAAAAGUCAAGUUUUGAUUCUAAAUAUAUACCAAUUACAAAACACAGCCCAGAAUCACUAAGUAUGCUAUUUAUUAAACUUUUGAUCACAUUUUUCAAGUACUUAUAGAAGUCCUAAGAGUAUAUCAGCAUCCAGCUCACGUUGGGUGCAGUUAGUACCCAGCCACAUCUUCAGCAAGAGAGGAAGAGGAGAGAGUGGAUAUACACAUAUACAACUGGAUGCAGCUCAUUAAUGACACCCCCCACACCCCAAAGUCAUACCCUAGCACAGCUUUAAUCCCAGACAACUUUAAACAUCCAUCAGCACCAGCUAUUUAACAUACCUUCCAAAAAGUUGAGGUAUUUACUACAAGAUGUAAAUCGAAGUAUGUGAAAGAACCUCGUAGAACUCAAAAAGUACUCAGAAGUGCAAUAAUGGUUGUGAUCAGGGCAUCUAGAUCUGGUCAUUCCAUGCUUGUGUGAGAGCUGUAAAGGUCUGAUUUCAGUAACUGCACAGCAUAUCGUUGGUCCUGCAUAGACAGAAUUUUAUUUUAACAAGUUCAAAUGAAGUAUUGUGUUAAGUUUUAUCGGCAUUGUUUUCUGUUGUAAUGAAGACCACCUCUUAUGGUUGAUUUCAGGCAAAACAUAGACUUUUGCAAAAGUCUAUUUUAAUUAGCAUUAGCAGAAUACCAAGUUUCCCAGUCCAGACUGACGUGACUACUAGACUUGGGAAAAUAUUUAUGUGAGCAUGUUCAUUUGCAGAUCAUCCCUUUUGAUUGUCAAACUAAUCGAUACCAAACAGUUUUACUUGUACAGGUAAGGUCGAUGUUUGUAGAUUCGGAAUUGAGUUGAAAUUUUUGAAUAAUUUUAAAAUUGGUUAACUCAGCCCAUAUAAUAAUGUGAUCUAUAAACACAUUUAGUGCAUUCCCUUUAUUUUCCAUUGUAUUGCUCGCAAUAUAUAGAUGUAAUGCUGCAGGUUUUCUGUGUCUCCAGCCAAAUAUAGCAUUUAUGAUUCUGGCUGCUUGCUCCUUGACUGGGGUCCUGUAGUUUGGGUUAUGUUUUCUCACCCUUAUUGCACUUCAGCCUGGAUUUUGGAAAGUAAAUCAGUUAAUUUUACAGUAGAACGACUUUAAAUGUUCUUUAUAUCCAGAUAUUUUGUGCCUGUUACAUCUAGAUUUUGUGUAGGCAACCUUCCGCAUUUCAUAUAAUGCUGGCAAUGCAUCAGGGGAGAUGUAGUCCUCUGGAGUGUUAGAGGAUGCCUACCCCUGUGUUAGACUAUAUUGGUAUUAGAGUGAUUGUUUAAGCUUAUUCAGCUUAAAACGGAACAUCCUCUCCCCCUCUCUCUCUCCCCCCCUCCUUUCUUUGCGUGGAGGAAGGGGACAGCCCAAACUAACCCCCUACCAUUUCUUGAUUUCCUUUUCAUGCUGGUAGGACUGAUCAAUAAAUAUCUAUGGUCUCAAAAAGUAUAUAUAAAACAAAUAUAUAUAUAUAUAUAUAUAUAUAUAUAUAUAUAUAUAUGCAACCCUCACCCAAGUAGGGAUAAAAUUAAACUUAUAUGUACUAUUGUAAGUAGUAUCAUUACAGUAUAGUCUAUUUUCAUCCACCAUGGAUGAAUCAAGAGUAAAUGACACAAAUUGUAUAUUCUCAUUAGUGGCAGUGCUAAUCUAUACUUUUAGUUUUACAUUUCUAUAGAGCCAACGUAUUCUACAGCACUUUGCAAUAUUAGUUUAAACCACUUAAACAUUUAGCCAAAGCCGUUGAUUUACAGCCAUGAAAACAAUUAUUCCCUUGUGCCAUGCCCCCUGCUUAUAUGGCCUGUCCCUUUUUUGUUUGUGUCCUCCAUUUUUUGGUUGUGAAGUGAUUCCUGGAGUUUCUGUGCCUUUGGGGCAUUUCCAAAUCCACAUGCAAACAGCAUGCCAGGUGUCCAUUCUAACCAUAAUUCUAUAUUUUAUUUAUAUGGAGUUGCUAUAAAAACAUUCAGCAUCCAUAUGAAAAAAGUGAAAGCUCAAUUGUAUUCGCUGAACAAAAUCACAUUCUAAAUCUUUAGCAACGUGUUCGUAACCAGGAGUGCAGAAACCGCUUCAGCUUUUCAAGUGUAGGGUCAGUCCAAUAUCUAUCAAACCACAUCUGCCAUAUCUUUAAAUGUUUCAGCUCAUCAGCAUAAUACAUAGAUUGAUUAAAUAAUGUGUUUCCAUUGGAACACAUACUGUGCUUGCAUAGUGAAUUUGUAAUAUCUCCAUUGUUCCCCCUUGGCAGGUGCAAUGAAAUUAAUUGUUGGUUAAAUGAAAGCUCCCCCAUCAGGAGUGGCAGAAGUUCUUGGGCACAGUUUUACCUUAAAGGGACACUAUAGUCACUAAAACAACUUUAGCUUCAAGAGAUCCUAUAGUGCCAGGAAAAAAAAUAUAGUUUUCCUGUCACUAUAGGCUCUUGGAGAGACACCCUCACUCAGCGCUGAAGGGGUUAAAACUUAACAAUCCAGCAGCCGGCUCCCUUGGCACUGGUAAUGUCUCCUCCCCUGCCGACAUCGGUGGAGCCGAAUGCACAUGCACGGCCAGAGGCAUGCGCAUUCAAACCUGCCCAUAGGAAAGCAUUACUCAUUGCUUUCCUAUGGGGAUCUUAUUUGACGCUGGACUCGUGAAGACGUCCAGUGUCAAAGAAGUGCGAUCGAUUUACUCAGUGUAAAUCGUGGAAGCGGUCUCUAGUGCUUGUCAGGGAGACAGCCAGUAGAGGCUGGAUUAACCCUGCAGUGUCUCUAAAACUGCUAUGUUUUCAGCUGCAGGAUUAAAACUAGGGGGACCUGGCACCCACACUGCUUUAUAGAGUUGUAGUGGUCUGGGUGCCUAUAUUGGUCCUUUAAUGAAGCAGUUUGGUAUAUAAAUCAUGCCCCUGCAGUCUCACUGCUCAAUUCUCUGCCAUUUCGGAGUUAAAUCCCUUUGUUUAUACAGCCCUAGUCACACCUCCCUGCAUGCGACUUACACAGCCUUCCUAAACACUUCCGGUACAGAGUCAUCUAAUGUUUACACACUUCAUUAAUUGCAAAUUCUGUUUAAUCUAGAAUGUAUAUCCUGAACUUUUAAUAGCUUGCUCCUGUAUGUAAUUAAAGUUCAAUUUGCAGAACAGGAGAAAAAAUGGUUUAAUUUCCAAUCAGAUGUAACUUACUUUGAAAGUUUUUGUUUUCAUGGAAGCUGCGUCAGUCACAGCCAGGGAAGGUGUGGCUAGGGCUGCAUUGAUAAACUAAAGUGGUUUAACUCCUGAAGUCUCACUACUCAAUUCUCUGCCAUUUAGAAGCAUGAUCUAUACACAAAAACUGCUUCAUUAAGAUGUUUUAGUGACGAUAGUGUCCCUUUAAGGGGCUAAAUACUUUAACCCUUAGUUAUCUCCCCCCAGCACUCCACAGUACAGAAAGGAUGUAACAGACAUCCUAUCACUGGCUGUGCAUUGUGAGUGACAAUACAUAACACUCUACGUCCGCCAGGGAAGAAAAGAGAAUAGGUGCAUGGACGGACAACUUCACGAUUAAACUAUUUGAAAGCGGUUUAAUUUCUGAAAGUAAAAUGGCUCCCAGUGAUUCCAGCAACCAUUACCUAAAGUCAAUUAACAAAAUUGGCAUUUAGUAGUGGGUGCCUUUUUCAUAAAGGAGUGGUAAUCGCUACAAACUACAUACAGAAACAAGUGUUAAUAAUUAUAAAAAAAUUAAACCCCCAAAACACCGCCACCAUAUCUGGCGAUGAUAUGAUGUAAGACUCCUGGUCAUUUUUUCUGUACAUAUUUUGUGUUGCGAACUAUGAAUGGAGGGCCACCCCUCCUUAUUUUUAUUUAUUUUUUUAAAACUGUGGAUGGUAUUUAAAAUGCAAUAAACAUGAAGCCGAUCCGUGUCUGGAUUACCUGCUAUGUGAUAUUAUCUUUUGGGUUUAAAGGACAUUCAAAGACAAAACUACUUUAUUUGUUCAAUUAAGUAUAAAGUGUCUGAAAAAUGACAGCGAUAACUAUGCAGUCUUCAUUUGUAUGUUAAAGAUUAUUUUGUGUACGUGUACAUUCUCUAUCAAUUCAGAGGUUAUCAUUUAUCUCAUGUUUUUUACCAGUUGUGUGACAGGGCUAUGUGCUUAUCACUGGCAUAUAAACAUUUAAUCUACCUGUGAACUUUUGUAAAUAUUCAUUAAUGAAUGCAAAACCCACCUCAAGUUGACACUUGGAUUCCAGCACAAAGGAUGUGAAGAAAGUUCUGGGCAAACUGGGGGUCUCGACUUUUCGAUGAGUCUAAAGUGGAAUCACAAAGUAUUUGAGCCACGCAAACGUAGCAUGGGGGUACAUGCAGAAGCACCCAGGUCGACUAUUAAAGAGGAGAAAUUUACUCAUUACUACUUUACAAAGGCAGACCGUCCACUUAAGGACACAUUUGAUGGUCAACCAAACCUGCUCCAAAAAGUUACUUCAAAUACUAUGCUAAACUCAUGGCCAAUAUAAGAGAUGUCUCCAACAGUAGAAUUUUCUUUCCCAGAAGAAGAAUCUUGCCUAACAUAACAAAUGCAAGCAGACAAGAAAGUAUGAAGUGGAAUUGUGAUGUUUUCUUGAUUGGCUCUGAGAAGAUUAACAUCAGAGUGUACGGAUUGAAGAAAAAGAUACAUUAGGAAGACAAGGUGGCACAGCCUCCCCCCCCAAAAAGGUGUCGACAGAGAGCUGUCGUUGGGUUUUUAUUGUGUGGCAAUAAGUUUCUCUCUAUUUUAAUGUUCCUGAAGUCACCAUCUACCUGUUACGGUUUAUCCUAGUUGUCGUCUCCCGCCCAAAUAAUGUAUCCUUUCUGUCUUUCUUCAGACACAAAGACUUGCCCAUUUCUUCUUUUCUAUUUCAUGCUUGCUCACCCAUUUUAUUCUUGCUUGCUUCCUUUCUCUGGCUACCGAGUCCUCUCACCAUUGUGCUUCUCAAUCUCACACCUACUUUGACAGAAGUUCCCACCACCUAAUCGGUCAUGUCACCCAGUCCCUCCUCACCUGUCUGCUGCAGAAAAAUGUCUAACAAAUCUAAGCCUUUGUGAAUUGCCAAUGGUUAUGUAGAUAGAAUACAAUUCAGGUCAUGCUUUCCAUUUGUUGGGUUUUUGUUUGGAUGGGAAGAUGGUGGUAAACCCCUUGUAUGCUGUGUCUACUCUUGCAUAACAGGAAGUCACUAAGCCUACUCAAAGUAAAUAUGCUUCAAACACCACCCCCUCCCCAAAUUUGGCUGAUUUAUUUAUUGUAUUUAUAUUUUCACAAUGUUUCCUAUUUGGGGAAGAUGUAGAUUCUUGCUGUGCAGAAUAUGCUUAUGGCGAGAGGCAAAACGCUUUCAGUGCUUUUUCAGCACUAUGAAAAUAAAAUAGGACGUGAGCCGCUUUCUGUAUCUACACAAUAUUUAAAACCCUUUUUUUUUUUUUUUGUAGGUUAAAAAGCAAACAAAAUUUUAAGUGUUUUGUAACAGGAAAAGAUUUUAUCCAGAGCCUCAUUCCAACGAAUACGUAUUUAAUGUAAUUCUAAUAUUAUAAGCCACUAAACUGCUAACCGUGCACUUUGCAAAGAAAUUGUUUAAAAUCAAUUCAGUGUUUUAUAUUUAAAUUUCAGAUUUUACAGAAAAGUUUUAAUUUACAGGAUAUGGUUCCGGUUAACCUAUCUUAUACAUCAGUUAAUGAUUUCUGCUUGUUCUUAUGCUAACUGACCUCUGUUAUCACUUCUAAAUAAAAUCAAUUUGCAGGACAUUAUUGUUGUUGUGUGAAUGCUAUCUUUAACAAAAAAUUGUCAUGAAAAGCAUAUUUUAAAGGGAAACUAGAGUGAGCUCCCUACAGUAUCUU